AUGAAGAACUGUUCCCACAAUGCACAGACAAAACGAGUUGGUUGUAGCUAUUUUGGAACAAGACGAAACAAGAAGGUAUGUUGGUGAUUUGGCUGUGUUAAGCUGCAUUGAAUAAAUAGCGCCCUUAUGUUAUUCUGCAGCAGAUAUGAUAGGACAUAAUCCAGCCGAAGUUUGUAUUUAAGUAUUUAAGUCCAACUGAACACAGUAGGAGAGAUCCAUACACACACUUAACAGUGCAAUGCAAAUGGUAUACUCUCAGAAGUCCCAUUUUGUUACCGUAUUUUUCGCUCUAUAACACGCACCCGACCAUAACACCCACGUAGUUUUUAGAGGAGGAAAAUCCGUAGGCAUGCCACCCGUAGGCAUUCCCUCCAUAACACGCACAGACAUUUCCCCUUACUUUUUAGGAGGAAAAAAGUGAGUGUUGUGGUGCAAAAAAUACGGUAAUUGGUAACAGUACCAGGUAAGUGUAUUUUAGAAUUUCAGCCUUUCCCCCCCAUAAAAGUCAAUGAUGCUUAAAUGUGCUUAACACUGCAAAUGAUUUUAAAUAAGAAAUGUUUACAAUGUAAGUAAGAAAAAGAAAUGGACAAGUGAAUAAAAUGCAAAAUUUAAAUACUUGAUAGUGGCAUUUUUACCAGCAGAUGUCAUCUUACUAUAUCAAUAUAAGAUGUUUUAAUUGUUUCAUUGUAUAUGUAUAUACACACACACACACACACAUUUAUAUCUGUAGGAGGAAACAGAAUAUUCUAAAUGUUAUUUUAAUGUUUGUGAGGGGCACCAUGACACCCUCAGACACACUCCAAGACCACCUGCAGCACCCAAUUUUUAUUUUUAAAAUGAGAUUUCUAUUUUGUCAUUUGACUGAGUUUAUUUAUUUAUUUUUACCAGACAUCUUUAUUGAAAGUUAAAAAAUAUAUAAUUAUAUGUGCACUAAACAUGGUGAGAUGUAAAUAAAAGAAAUAAAAAGAAGUAGAGAAACAGCACCCGUGUAGAAGGGAAAGUAAAGGGGGAAGGAGAAAAAAACCCCCAAAAUUGUAUAUUUUACAAAGUUAUUAUUGUACUUCACCAGAUCUUAACCUAUUACAGUAUUUGUAAGAAUGGAUUCCAGAUAUCAUUGAAUUUGUCCAUGGCAAGUCUGCAUUUAAUGCAAGGUUUUGAGUUUGUAUAAGUCUUCAAUCCAAUCGUAGAAGGGAGCUGCAUUUUCAUUUUUCCAGUCAUUUUGCUGUGGUAAGGGCGCAGAGAGUCCACUCAUAUCAUCCUUUUGUAAGGUUCCAUGUGCUGGAAAAGGAUAUUUUGCACUGUAAAUGUAAGGUUAUUCCGUACAGUUCUUUUGAUAGUUUCAAUUACCUUCUGCCAAAAAUCUUUCAAUAUAGGACAAUAAAAAAGCAUGUUUUAGAGAAGCAUUAUCCCUAUUGCAUCUCCAACAGUUAGAUACCUUAGAUAGCCCUUUUUAAAAUAAACAUAAUGGGGUCCAGUGGACAUCACCAGAUGGGCAGCAUGAAAAUCAGAUUGAUUAUAUUCUCUGCAGCCAAAAGCAAGACCUGGAGCUGACUGUGGCUCAGAUCAUCAGCUUCUUAUAGCAAAAUUCAAGCUUAAACUGAAGAAAGUAGGAAAAACCACUGGGCCAAUAAGAUACAAUCUAAAUCAAAUCCCUUAUGAAUACACAGUGGAAGUGAGGAACAGGUUUAAAGAUUUAGAUUUGGUGGACAGAGUGCCUGAAGAACUAUGGAUGGAGGCUUGUAACAUUAUACAGGAGGCAGCAAUGAAAACCACCCCAAUGAAAAGGAAAUGCAAGAAAGCAAAGUGACUAUCCAACGAGGCCUUACAAAUAGCGGGAGAGAGAAGGCAAGCAAAAUGCCAGGGAGAUAGUGAAAGAUACAGGAAAUUGAAUGCAGAUUUCCAAAAAAUAGCAAGGAGAGACAAGAGGGCCUUCUUAAAUGAGCAAUGCAAAUAAAGAGGAAAACAACAAAAUGGGAAAAACCAGAGAUCUGUUCAAGAAAAUUGGAAAUAUGAAAGGAACAUUUUGUACAAAGAUUACCAUAAUAAAAGACAAAAGUGGAAAGGACCUAACAGAAGCAGAAGACAUCAAGAAGAGGUGGCAAGAAUACACAGAGGAAUUAUACCAGAAAGAUAUGGAUGUCUCGUACAUCCCAGGCAGUGUGGUUGCUGACCUUGAGCCAGACAUCCUGGAGAGUGAAGUCAAAUGGGCCAUAGAAAGCACUGCUAAUAAAAAGGCCAGGGGAAGUGAUGAUAUUCCAGAUGAACUAUUAAAAUUUUUAAAAGAUGAUGCUGUUAAGGUGCUACACUCAAUAUGCGAGCAAGUUUGGAAAACUCAGCAGUGGCCAUAGGAUUGGAGAAGAUCAGUCUACAUCCCAAUCCUAAAGAAGGGCAGUGCCAAAGAACGCUCCAACUACCGCACAAUUGCACUCAUUUCACACGCUAGCAAGCUUAUGCUUAAAAUUCUACAAGGCAGGCUUAAGCAGUAUGUGAACCGAGAACUCCCAGAAGUGCAAGCUAGAUUUUGAAGCGACAGAGGAACCAGAGACCAAAUUGCAAACAUGCGCUGGAUUAUGGAGAAAGCUAGAGAGUUCCAGAAAAACAUCUACUUCUGCUUCAUUGACUACGCAAAAGCAUUUGACUGUGUCGACCACAGCAAACUAUGGCAAGUUCUUAAAGAAAUGGGAGUGCCUGAUCACCUCAUCUGUCUCCUGAGAAAUCUCUAUGUGGGACAAGAAGCUACAGUUAGAACUGGAUAUGGAACAACUGAUUGGUUCAAAACUGGGAUAGGAGUACGACAAGGCUGUAUAUUGUCUCCCUGCUUAUUUAACUUAUACGCAGAAUUCAUCAUGUGAAAGGCUGGACUUGAUGAAUCCCAAAGAUUGCCGGAAGAAAUAUCAACAACCUUAGAUAUGCAGAUGACACAAUCUUGAUGGAGGCUGGAAUUAAAGAACCUUUUAAUGAGGGUGAAAGAAGAGAGUGCAAAAUAUGGUCUGAAGCUCAACAUCAAAAAAACGAAGAUCGUGGCCACUGGUCCCAUCACCUCCUGGCAAAUAGAAGGGGAAUAAAUGGAAGCAGUGAGAGAUUUUACUUUCUUGGGUUCCAUGAUCACUGCAGAUGGUGACAGUAGUGACGAAAUUAAAAGACGCCUGCUUCUUGAGAGAAAAGCAGUGACAAACAUAGACAGCAUCUUAAAAAGCAGAGACAUCACCUUGCCGACAAAGGUCCAUAUAGUUAAAGCUGUGGUUUUCCCAGUAGUGAUGUAUGGAAGUGAGAACUGGACCAUAAGGAAGGCUGAUUGCCGAAGAAUUGAUGCUUUUGAAUUCUGGUGCUGGAGUAGACUCUUGAGAGUCCCAUGGACUGCAAAAAGAUCAAACCUAUCCAUUCCGAAGGAAAUCAGAAGGGGGUGACAGAGGACAAGAUGGUUGGACAGUGUUCUCGAAGCUACCACCAUGAGUUUCACCAAACUGCGGGAGGCAGUGGAAGACAGGAGUGCCUGGCGUGCUCUGGUCCAUGAGGUCACAAAGAGUCGGACACCACUAAAUGACUAAAUAACAACAAAUGGGGUCCAGUAUAUUCUAAAUAUAUUUUGUUGUUGUAUGAGCCUCAAUCUAAGGUCCAGAGACACCCUUGUUAUAGCACUUUAAACAGUUUCUCACUCUAUGGUCAAAAUUGAGAUCUCUAAUUCUUUAUUCCAUUCUUCCCUCAGUUUAUCAAAUUGGUUUGCUAGUAACAAAGAUUUAUAUAUGUUAAUGGCCAGUUUUUUUGUUGCGUAAGAAUUAAUCAGCUGCUUCAAUAUCUCUGGGGUCUCUGAGACUGUAAAAGCUAUUGGUCUGUAGAUGGUGGUUAGCAAAUGUUUUAUCUGGAGAUACUGCCAUUGACCAUUUGUAGGUAAUCUGUAUUUGUCUCUUAAGACGGAAUAAGUAUAAAAUUCAUCCUCUUUGUUUAUCAGCUGGUCUAAUGUUAAGACACCCAAAUUCAUUGAAUUUAUUUAUAUGUUGCUUUUCCACAAUAAGCUGUGCCCUAAGCAGUUUACAGCAAACAUUCAAAACAUUGAAAUACAAAGCAUUAGAAAGGCAAAUAUAUAAAAUACACAACAUGUAAGUAAAUUUAAAAAUGACAAAAGCCAACAAUUUGGCAAACACAGAAUAAAUUCAGUAUUACCCCCACCCCCCCAACUAAUCUAGGUUUUCGUAGAUAAAUACAAACUAAAACAAGAGUUAACCAACAACAGAGUUUCUGGUAUGGGUCUCCAAGGAGCCUGGUUUUAAUACAGUUCAGAAUGGAGGAGGAGAUUACAUACAACUGGCUCCUAUAUCGUUACUCCAGAGAAGGCUGAUAGGAGCAAAAAGCAUAUAUUAGUUGCAAGUACCAACUGCGUGUACUUAUUGCAAUUGAGAGGUAUUGCCUUUUGGUGGAGCUGUUUUGGUCUGUUUCCUUUGUCUAGGCGUGUAAGCAUUUUGCCUGUUUUGGAUGGGGGGGGUGGGAUCUGAGCACUGAUUAGUUUUCUUCUCUGAUAUGGCUAUUUUGCGGUGCUGAUGACUUUAAAAAAAAUAAAAAUAAAAAAUGCUUUUCAAGUGUGCCCCUGGACUCCCAAAGGUUUGUGGCUCCUAUACCAUUGCCAUGCUUGAUUUCUUAAAAUAUCUUGCACUUAAGCUUAGUAAUUUUACCGUGGUGGGUGAAUUAAACUGUUAAAGCAACACACAGUAAAUAGAUGGUAACAGAACAAGCAUUGCAGCAAUUUACAAUAAAUAAAACAUAGCACUGCUAUUUCUGGAUCACAAUUCCCUGUAAUUGUGGAAGUGUCUCCCCUAAGCAAAGCUCUUUAUGUUUUAGGGAAUUAUUAUCAUGUGCUCAGCUCAGGCCAUCUAGAAUGUUGAGUACUGAUUAUGGACUAUUACAGCUCUUUGAAAUUUUAUUAAAAUAAUAAGCUCAUUGCCAGCUAAAGGUAUGUAAUUAUAUACUUGAAAAUAACUAUCAUUUAGGCUCUGCAGUAAAAAGCACCAUGUAGCCUCUAUAAAUUCCCACUUGUGCUGUUCAAAAAUGACCCCCUUCUCAAUUAUUCUGAUAAAACUCAUGCAGACUAGGAGUUAACUUUGGAUUGUAGGGCUGUAUCUAGUGGAGAAGCAUUUAUUCAAUUGAAGGCACCAUUAUAGUCAGUAUCUGCUAAAUAAUGUAGACAUGCUGACCCUUCGAGCUUUGGGUUUUCCCUUUUAAAGAGAGGGAUUGAUUUAUGCAGUUUGUAACUGGUGAGUGUAGCAUUUAGGAAGAAAGCAUGAAUUUGGCUAGUUUGUUCAAAUCAAUAUCUCAAAUCCAGCUUUUCUGUUUAUUUAUUUAUUUUGCUUUUUUGGUACCCAGACCCACACAUACCCCUUGCCUGUCCUCACCUGCCACACCUCUUGUCCCUAGUUUUUCACCAGCCAUACACUGAGUCCUUUCUUCAGUUAUAUACUUCUUUCACUCACUGUUCCCUCAGGUCCGAACUUACCAGCUCUGUAGUUGCUCCACUAACAUGGUUACACCCCACCCCCAAAUACAAUUAAAUCACAGGGACUGUAGCUUACCCAUCACAGAGCUACAAUUCCCAGCAUGUUUAACAAACUAUAGUUUCCUGGAUUCUUUCAAGGGAAGACACGUGCUUUAAAUGUAUGGUGUGUUUGCAGCCUAAGGCUCUAGACUGGGUUUGCCCAACAUGAUGCCCAGGAUCAAUCAGAAGGGGGGGGGGGCGAGGAGGGCCAUUUAAGCUCAAAUGCAUGGGUGUAGCCAAGGGGGGGACAGCUCCCCCCCAAAAUUAAAUAAAACAAUAGAAUUUCUUAACUAACCAAUCACAUCAGUUCCACUCCCCUAACAAAAGUCCUGCCCCCCCCCAACAAAAAUCCUGGCUACAUACUUGUUUUUAAGCACAUGGCAUCAAAUUGUGAAACACUCUAACAGCUUGGAGCUGCAGAUUCAAGCGAGCAAGAGAUGUGAUUUGGUAAAAGACAGUAUGUUUUUUGGUAACAGAUGCAUAUUUUGUCAUUCGCUCAAUGUUAAAAGUGAAUGGCACCAAGAUUUUUCCUCAAUAAUUAGUGCAUUUGCGCAUAAAACGGCUAGAAAAGCAUUUGUUAAAUUAGGCAUUUAUUAAACCCUCUGCUAAAAAACCCACUUGACAUCUCUGCUUAUUUGCCUGAUCUGGAGGCUGUGGAUUUCGCUGAUGUUGCUUAAAGGGGGGUCCAGGCAUAAAAGAGGAAAGGAUGAGGGACAGCCUUCCUAAGUUUGUCUAUUUUUCUUAUUGUGCCUGCACUUUCCUAGGAUAGGGCCCACAAAGGGGAGCUAUUAUUUCUUAUGUAACUUUAUUAUGCUAUUGGACAAAAGGGUCUUUUGUGGCUGUAUAUUAACAUAUUGGAAUAAAUAAUACUGUAUAUUUGGACCUAAUGGUGUGGAUAUUGGGAGACCUGCUUAGAUCUAGUGUUUCACCCAUCUACCUGUGUGGGAGUACCCACGUGGUGCCACAUUUCUUGGAUACAGGGCAAAUAUUGGCCCACCUAGAAAUCUCUAGUAAAAGAUGACAGCCCACCCAUGACACCGAAACAUAGGAAUUGUGGCAGCAUUUAUUUGUCUCUCUGUGUGCAAAGUUUAGCAGUGCUUUUUUUUCCUAGAAAAAAAGGUGUCAGGACUCACUGUCCAAAAAUGGCCAGAGGAGGGACAGCCAAGUGGACAAAAGGGAGAAGCACUCUGCACAUGCUCAUGGAAGGAGGCAGCAGGGCUGCUCCCCAAAGCAGGGCAGGAGGCACUGAUGCUCUGGUUGGAGAGGGUUGGAGAGCCCUGCCCUCCCUCAGUGGGAGAGGAAGGUACUGUGGUACUGCAGAGGGAGGCAAGCAGAGCAGGGAAGCCUUGGGCAAAAAUGAGGUUCGUACCCCCUCAAAAAAAGCACUGAAGUUUAGUAUUAUUAUUUUAUUUUAUAAUGUAUGUAAAACAGAGAGAACAAUUAACAGCAGAUAAAAAUGAAAAGAUGAAAAACAAAACUAUAAAAUAGGCACAAAGAAUGAGUAUGUGCACGAGUUAAAAAAGCAAAGUCCAAUUAAAUACUAUAAAUGCUAUCAGAUUGUCAAAGAUAGUUCCAGAUUUGCCAGGCUUGUGAUUGGGAUUGUCAUGAAAAUGAUGGUUCCAUUGUUUAUGUCAUUAAAAAUUGCCAACUCAAAUAAAAAGUGUCUGGAGGUUCUAGACCUUGCCAAAAUCUCAAAUUGUGUGUGAUUUUCUCCAUUAUCACAGUACUUUUCCAUGUUUAGGGUUUUUUAUCUUUAAAAUAAGGUUAAAAAUCUGGGGGCGUCUUAUAAAUGGAUAGUGCAUAUGGCCAUUUUCUAAACUUGGAGUCCUCAAAAGUAGGGGGAGUCUUAUACAUGGGGGCAUCUUAUACACGGAAAUAUAUGGCAAUUCCAGACUGAGUGGUACCAAGUAUACAGUGUAAGAUUGUGAGCCAUUUCCCACUGAGUUGCAAUUACUAGUCAUGCAGCCAAGAUCAUACUGUAUAUAAAACCAAGUCUUUUGGUAAUAUAUUUACAUUAAAUUAUAAAAAAUAUUCAGCAACAGUAAUUUUGGACUGCAGACAGAAGUUUCUUUAGUAAUAUUUAUCAUUUCUCUCCAAAUUAAAUUCCAAAAAUCUUGCACCAACUGACACUCCCACCAUAAAUGAUUGUAAGUACCAAGUUCAUAGCAGUCCUUCCCAUGAUUAGGUGAUAUAGAAGAAAACAUUUUUGACAUUUGCAAAGGAGUGUGAUACCACCUGUGUAAUACAUUUAAGGGGCUUUCCCUAAGAGAACUGGAAAAAGAUUUUAAGGGUUGCGAUUCCCAAAUCUGAUUCCAAUCCUUGGGAAGAAUGUGUGUGCCAGCAUCUAGUUCCCAUAUAUUUUUUAAGGGGUUCCAUACAUCCCUAUGUUACGUUAAGCAAUUUAGUGUACAAUUUACAAACUAAUCCUUUUCCUCCUCUAGCAUUUGUACUUAAUUAAUUUUCAGAAUGUGUUAAGGGUCUCAAGAGCUCAUUUUUUUUACAUAUUCUUUUAUAAUUAAACUAUGACUUUUAUUAAAAUAAAUACAGUUUGUGUUAAGAUUAGAUAAAAUUCAUUCAAUCAAUCAAUCUCCUUUAUUGGCAUAGAAAAAGUGCAUCGUAUACAUGGAUCAGAACACAACACAGUUAACGAAACAUAGUAGGAAAUACUUUAGGAUAAAACUGUCCAAAAAGGAAAAAAGGAAAAUGGUUGUUUUAAUUUUCUGUUUUUCUACUCUAUUUUUAUGCUGUGAACUGCCCUGAGAUCUACGGAUGAAGUGUGAUAUACAAAAUUAAUAAAAUAUAAAAAUGUAACUCAUCAUCCACAGCCAUUCCCAAUGCUUGCUAGGAUGGGAGGAUUCCAUUGUUGAAUUAGCUAGGCAAGUUACGAUCCAAGUAUGGUCGUUAGUAUAACAAAGGACACUUCUUUUCCUCCUUCUGGUUUAUGUUUUUAUUUAGAUUCCUUUUUUUUCUUUGAUGAAAAGAUAUUGGAUAUCUGAUAUUAAUCUUUGUAUAUUUUCUUUCUAACCUUAAUAAACUUUAUUGGGAAAAGCGUAACAAAGAACAUUGUAAUGUUGGACACCCUUCCUCACCUGGCUAGUAGUAAGAAAGACAAAAGCCAGAGUGUGUGUGAGCUAGGCUGGAAGCAAGCAGAAGCCAGAGAAUGAGAGCCAUCCUUGAUUGCUUCUGGAAUCCAAAGCUGUGACUUUGGGAGAAGCAAGUCCUUCCAGGGGGUGGAUGUUGUGAGCCCCUCCAUCGUAGGCUCAGGUUGUACAUAUGUGUAAGUAAACCAUAUAUCUUAAAGACAACAUAGUCUCUGCUGUCCCUUAUUCCAAGGAAAACAAACCCGUGGUACGUGCCUGGAACUGCAACAAUAUUUUAGCAUUUCAAACAUCUCCCAUGCUGAAUAGCAGUGACUUCAGCACCUGCACUGAAUGAAGAGCUCAAGAUUUAUACUCAGUAGGGGCAGCUCCAGGGGAUGGCAGUUGCUGUAUCUCACCUUCUCCCAAUGCAUAUGUUACUUAUGAAAAUGCUUUGAGACCAUAAUGGUUCAGGAAAUAUAGACUUUUAUAUUUUAUAUUACAGAAGGAAUGUGUUUUGUUUAUGGCUAGCUUGGCUUCCUUAUUGCUUUUUAACUAUGAAGUCCUGUGCUGCUUAGAAGCAUGCAUGCUCUUUCUCUUCACAGAAGGGACACAGCAAGCCCAGUCAGCUAUUCUGGGAAUCCGAUCCUUAUCCACAGGGUUUAGGAUCCAGCAGAUCACAAGUCUCAGCUCUUGUUCCCAAAUGCCCUCUUUGGUUUUUUUUUUUUGCUGGUUAGUGCUGAUGAUAGCUUAGUGCUUGUUUGGGUAAAGCUAGGACCUCCACUGAAGAGAGCCUCUCCAACAAUCAGCAUUUAGGUGGAUAGAUUAGAAUUGCAGCCUGAAAAAGACAACAUUGAAAUAAGAUAAUAGUAAAGGCACAAGCAUUUAAACAUGAGUAGAACACAACUAUCAAAAUUAAUAGCACUUCAGUAACUUAUGUGAGGGUUAUGUUCCAAGGAUCAUGCCUAAAGUCAAAACCCAUUGAGUUGUAGAGUCAAGAUGCUGAUGAAAUUCUAAUGAAUAUAUUUUCUUUUUAAAAAAAUAAAUAAAUAGCGAAUUGCUGCAGAAAUGUGGAGAGCUAACAAAACUGCAAUCAAUAGACCUGCCCGUCGCUACCUCGGAAUCAGGCUACAAACCAAAACCCAUAUAUGAAGGUAAGUUCCAUUGAAUUCAACAGGAUUUACUCAGAGUAGAUAUGGCUUAAGUUUGCUGCUGUAGACACAGUACCAUGAGAAAAUAUUUCAAAUUUUGCCUAGGAUGGCAGUCUUAAUCUUAUUAGCUGCUUUGGGAACAGCAUUUGGGGUUGAAGGUGUGGGAUACAAAUCUGAGAAAUGCGAUAGUGUGGUUACUUCUGAGUAGACACUGAUAAAACUAUCAGAGCUGGCCCAUCCAUGAAGCAAAGUGAGGCAACUGCCUCAGGAGGCAGGAUCCACAGAGGCAACAGAUCCUGGGGUAGAUCUCUAUUCCCCCUUGUUCCUGGUAUAGAUCUAAACUCACCCCUUCUUCCUUGGAAGGGAGCCAUUCUGUGGUUCGCCUCAGGCGUCAAAAUUUCUUAGGUCCGGCCCUGGAGGCUGUGCUGUUAAUUAGCCAUUAUGAAGUGUAGAGAAGUUACCACAACUUGAUGUCGCUGUCAACAGCAGCAGUGUUCCAGAUCUGCUACUCUUGAGAGUACCAGUGCCUGUCUUUAAAUCUGAUUUAUUUAUUCACCAAAAAACAGCUUUUAAAGCCAUGGUUGGAAAGUGCCUCACAACUAUUGCAAACUAUGUUACAGCAACUUUUGUCACAUUUUAGAUCGUUUUGAGAUGUAAUGGCAAUUCGGAAUUUUGUAGUUCAUUUCAGUUAUGUGUGUAUAAUGAAAAAGUGAGGUCUUUUUAGCAAGCAAAACCUAACAGGCCGGUGUUUGCUGUUCUAUGCUUGUGGUGACUUCAAAUCUUGACCAGGGAAGCAGGAAUCACUAUUCUCUGCGUUUUGUCCCCUCAGGUGUUGUGUUUGUCUGAACGCUUGACACGCGGGCAGCGCCGCCUACUACCUCAGCUCCCGCCCGCUCCCGUUUUCCAGGUCUUUCUCCCGUCAGACAGAAUCCCGGUGAAUAUCUCUUCAAUCCCAAACGCCGCCGUUCCCCGAACCGGUCAGCCCUCCCUCCGUCCCUUGGCCAAGCUGGUUCAUCAAGAGACUCGCCACGGACGCUCCUCCUCUCCGUUAUCCCCCAUACACGGCCGCCCUCCACUCUCCCGCCUUCCAAGCGGGGGCUGUUCCUUAGAUCAGGCUCUACCCCCCCGGGGGGGAGAUUGAGAGGCGGGGGCACAGAGACUGUCCCGGCCAGCGCUGAUCUCGAGCUCCGAUUGGCCGCUGUCUACGCUGACGUCACGAUCAUGAUGAGAAUUAAUGAUCGGAGGCGCUGAUUUCAUUGUGUGACGCCGGGACCGACCCAGCCGAAACCGGCUGAAUUCGGAGCCCUGGGCCCCCCCGGACCAGCCCCGCCUGCCCCACAGAGCACGGUGGGUUCGGCGGCAGGGGAUCGGGCGCAGGGAGGGGGGGAGGGGCGCGAUCGGCGCGCGGACCCUGAGGGGGGGGGCCGAGUGAGGAAGAUCGUGGGGAGGGGGAGAAGGGCGGCGGUGUGAGGACUUGACGGGCGGCCUCUUCGAUGGCCUGUGGGGGCUGCGAUCGAGGAAGACGCUGCCCCCUCCCCCGCGCUAUCACUUCUUGGCUGAAGGCUUUGAGGUGAGGGGGGAGGAGCCGGGGAAUCGAGAUCGAGGGAGGGAAGGAAAGGAAGGGGGGGGGACACAAAAAAACUCCCGAGCCUCGGCUUCAACCUGGAGCUCGCGGACCAUAACUCGGGGGCGCAUGCGCACCUGAGCAUUCGGUUGAUCUGCGGCAGGAGACGCCAGCGUGAUCAGCCCCCUUGCGCGAACUUGGAGGCGCUUACGCGCUGCGCGCGAGUAUAAAACGAGGCGCUUGUGCGCAUGCCCUUGGGCGGAGAGCGAGGCGGGGCUGAGAAGACGAAGUCGUGCCAGCGGUAGCCCAGGUUUUGGGAAAGCAGCGUCUUGGGCAGUGCUGUUUCUGCCACCAAAGGGCAGCACUGCUCAGCUUUUAGCACGCUGCUUGCUGUUGGGGUUUGCGGCGCACCUCGAGAAUGUCUCGGAUUUUUCAAUCCAAAAAGGGGCGCGGGAAACGCGCCUCGAAAAUUGAUCGGAUUUUAGAAACCAUAGCGCCCGACGGAGUUUUCGAUCCCAACAGCCCCAAUCCUCCAAUAUUUGAAAAUGUACGCAUGCGUAGUGGCAGGUUUAGUUGCUAAAACUACGAGUUACAGAAGUUGCACAAGGAGUAGGCAGAGAAGCAAAGUUUGUGCAAGUUGUAGGGAAAAGGAAUAGGCGUUUGUGCCUGCUUGGCUUGCCUAUGCGUCUGCCGUGUAAAAAGUCGAACCUGGUGGUGGUGUAUAAUUGGUGGUGGUGUGCCUCCUGUAACGCUAGUCUAACUUUUUUGUUGGUAAGAAUGCGAGUUUUCAUCUUCAUUAAUAUGUAUAUGUGUUUUGAAAAUUGCAACUUAUGGGGGAGAGUGCAGGACAAUAGUUGCAUUUGGCAGGUGUUGGCAAUGAAGAAAAGAAAAUGGGGAGUUGCUAAUGGUUUGUCUGUGAACACAGUCAAGUGUUCUUAUGUCAUGUGUGUCUUCAGCUUUUCCCAAAGUAAAUGUUCAUGAAGGCAAAUGUAAUGUACAGUGGUACCUCGGGUUAAGAACUGAAUUUGUUCUGGAGGUCCAUUCUUAACCUGAAACUGUUCUUAACCUGAAGCACCACUUUAGCAAAUGGGGCCUCCUGCUGCCGCCGUGCCGCUGCUGCACGAUUUCUUUUCUCAUCCUGAAGCAAAGUUCUUAACCCGAGGUACUAUUUCUGGGUUAGCAGAGUCUGUAACCUGAAGCGGCUGUAACCUGAAGCGGCUUUAACCCGAGGUACCACUGUAUUUGCUUCAUAAUGUGGUAUACAGUGGUACCUCGGGUUACAUACGCUUCAGGUUACAGACUCCGCUAACCCAGAAAUAGUACCUCAGGUUAAGAACUUUGCUUUAGGUUGAGAACAGAAAUCGUGCAGUGGCAGCGCAGCGGCAGCGGGAGACCCCAUUAGCUAAAGUGGUGCUUCAGGUUAAGAACAGUUUCAGGUUAAGAACGGACCUCCAGAACGAAUUAAGUACAUAACCAGAGGUACCACUGUAUAGUGAUCUUUGUGGUGGUGAGGUGGUAUUUUUGCAAAAAAGGUUAUCAGUUGUGAUAUUGAGACAGGUGCAUCUUAGGGCUGAUGAGAUAAAUGCCUAGGAAUCUUCUUCAUGCAGUGUCUAAGGGAGCAUAUUGUUGCUUGUCAGGAAAAAACAAAAUGUGCAUGGUGGUGUGGUAUGUUACGAGUAUCUACAUUUCAUUCACCAUCUGUGUUGGCUUUUGGUCUUCAGUGGCACCAGCAUAGCAGUAAUAGAAAGCACCCAGUUUUUUAAAUUAUUUAUUUAUCGUAUUUAUAGCUUACCUCUUUUUUUCCAGGAGAAAAAGCAAUUUGGUUCCAGAAAUUCAUUCAGAUAGUGCAUAUAAAAUAUAACUGAUAGAAGUCUACAGGACGCGGCAUUAUUGUGCGACAACAGUCCAAAUCCAGUGAUCUCCAGAUGGUGGAGAUGUUAGAUGUCUAGGCAUUUUCACUUGGUUGCAAGGGGUCGAAAGCCAGGAGCAAAAUGCCCCUGGCUAAUUUUGAAUACUGCUCACCACUCCUUUCAUCCUCACAACAACCCUGCGAAGUAGGUUGGUUAGGAUGACUGUCCCAAGGUCACCCAGUGAGCUUUAUUACUGAGUGGGGAUUUCAAUCCUGGUCUCCCUAGUCCAACAUUUAACCACCAGACUCUGUUUUUGUCCCAUGGAAAUUGCAAGUGGAUAUUCAGUUUCCCAGUUAAACCAGAACUUCAGAUAUGGAAGGACUUCUGUAUGGCCAUACCUGGUGUUAAGAUGUGAAGGUUAAGAAAAUCCCUCAGCACUGUUCAUGCAAGGUCAGGUAUUUUGUGUGAUCAUGCGUUUGGUAUUCCUAUUCUCAGUGCUGGAUAAGAAGUACCAGAGUUAGUGUGUUUGAUCAAACACAUAUAUCUGCUGUAACAUCACACAGUCUUUGUUGUUGUUGUUUAGUCGUUUAGUCGUGUCCGACUCUUUGUGACCCCAUGGACCAGAGCACGCCAGGCACUCCUGUCUUCCACUGCCUCCCACAGUUUGGUCAAACUCAUGUUGGUAGCUUCGAGAACACCGUCCAACCAUCUCGUCCUCUGUACUUGUCUUUACCCAUUUAUAAUGGCAUUAAGUUUUGUGCACCAGAUUUAAUCUUGUCAGGUGCAGUAAGUAGUAUCUGACAUUCAUAUCCAUAUAUCAUUUUGAUCAUAGGUGACUAACCUCCAGACACUGAAUUUCGACUCCCAAUAUUUAUUAGUAAAAAUAGCUACAUGUAGCAAUUUCAUUAAAAAUGCAAAUAUGUUGCACAACAAAUAUAAAAAUUCUAGAAACCAAAUCACAGAUCACUAACCAUAAGACUUCCCCUCCCUUUCUCUUUUAUUGUCUACAUAAGCCUAGUGAUAUAGAAAAAAAAAUCAGUAAACUGAUGGUGCCUACUGCAUUCUACAAGACUGGGCUGAUGACACUGAAAGCUUGUGUUGACAUCAGAUGAGUCUCACCUACUUGCAGUGCAACCAUAGACACUCUUGGCAGAUGAUUUCAGUGGUCAAGUUGCAAUUAAUAUAAGAGCCACAAACCUGGUAGCAGGUGGCAAGCAGUGCAGAUGUUUUCAUGAUGUCAUCUAUUGUCAGCUAUCUACCUUCAUCAACAUUCCAGCUGCCACAUUCUGUACCAGCUAGAGCUUUUGGACCAAACCCAAGGGUAGCCCCACAUAGAACGCAAUGUAGUAAUCCAGCCUGUGGGUUAACCAUGCCUCUGGCUUAGCCAUUCUGACUUGUGCUGAUGAGAACUGUUGAGUCCAAUAACACCUUGAGGUCCAUAGGUCAGUCACCCCUUGAUUCUAAGCUGUGUGCAUUUAAAGAAAAUGAUGGUCUCUAAAGAAUCCUGGGGACUAUAGUGUUUGAAUGGUGCUAGGUGUUCUAGUUGUGAGUGGUAAACUACAGUUCCCAGGAUUAUUUGGUCAUGCACUUUAAAUGUGUGUUGCGUUUUUAGGUGAUUUAAGCAACCAGCUUUUCUGAAAAAGAAAAGCACACACUAAUCUGAGGAUCUGCAACAUGCACAUCUUUGCAAAUGACAAUGGUCCUUUUUCAGCAAUAGUAGCCAUACAAAUAGCUAUUGCUGAUAUCCUUCUUUGAGCCUCAGAAUAAUUUGUGGACUAGCAUCCACUGAUGAAUUAUAUCUUGCAUCACAUAUUAGAGAGAUAAGCCAACUAGCAUUCUUCUGGGGUCUUUAUCAGCAAGGUGGUAUUUUUUUGCUAUUGAUUUUUCCCUGCAUUACUUUGUUCUCUGGCUGUAGUUGGAAGUCUCUUUAAUGAGUGUCCACUUCAUAUGCAGUUAUUGACUUUUCAUUCAAAACUAGUACAUUUCUCUAUGGGGAAAAAAUGGAGCCAACAAGUACUUCCAAUGUCCAGGUUGAUGGUACCAAUGGAUUGAUAAAGGCUUCUAAAAAGGAACUUGCCAUUCUUUUGGGCUUACAAGUAUAGGUUUUGCUAACCCAUUAAUUGAUAGAAAAUGUACACGUUACCAUGGAGGUAGCUACGAAGAUGGCAGCAACCACUGCUCAAAGUUACGUGAGCUGUAGGCCUAAAUACCAUUGAAACAAAUGAGAUUUACUCUGGUGCAUAUUUGAUUAGACUUUGUUUGCUGGUCCCUCUGCCUUUUCCAAGUCAACUGUUUUGGAGCUAUGUCUAACCUUGUUAUGAAACGUGUAGCACAAUUGCUUUUAACUCAUUUCUAUAGCCAACAUUACUCUUGCUAUCAGGUUAAAUCUAAGCUGUUGUGUAUGUUGUUAAAUCUAACAUAUAAUGAAGUAUUGUCUCAAGUUAGAAUGCUGUGUCCAUUUAUUUGGAAAUCAACCUUGUUGAAGGCCUUUAGUUCAGUGGUAGAGCACAGGAUUCAUCUGCAAGAGGUCCAAGGUUCAAUCCCUGGCACCUGCAUUUAAAAGGACCAGGUUGGACAGGUGUGGGGAACAUUUGGUCCUACACAUGUUGCUGAACGACUCCACCCAUCUGACCAAUCACCAGAGAUGAUGGGAGGAGUUGUUCAGUAGCAUCUGGAAGGACAGAGGUUCCCCAGACCUGAAGUAGGAGGUGGUAAGAAACAUCUCUGCCCAAAACUUUGGAGAGUUGUUGCAAGACAGAGUACACAAUGCUAGGGAUGAUAGAAUCCUGCUUCCUAUAUUUCUGUUUAGGAAAGUGAGUAGACCUGUUAAGAACGCUUUAGUUUUAGAUCUAUGCUUACUACGGGCUAGGAGCUGUUAUAGUGUGUGUGAGGAUACAGUUUAUGGUUAAAUAUGUGGCAGUUUUUCCUCUUUGGUAUUUAAUUUUAAUUUUUAAUUUUUUUGCAUUUGAGCCACAUAUAAAUGGUUUGUGAGAAAUAAUAAUUCACCUAGCAAUCAUUUUUAAAAAAAUAUUUAUUAAAUUUUCCAUUUUAAUAAUCCAAUAAAAACACAUUAAAACAUUCCAAAUUACAAUACAAUAAAAAAGCCAAAUAUAAAUGCCAAAUUAUGUAUCUUUGGGUGUCUUCCCAUGCUCUGAAUUUCACGAAAUGCUGAUCAUCUAAAUAUCACAUAGCAUUUCUUAGUUAGUCAAUAAACCAUUCCGAUGUUAAUCCUUCAUUUAAUUUUCAUUUAUUUUUGCAACCACUGGUCUGUUCAACUUUUGCCUUCGUAAUUCUGGAUGAAAUAUUUUCCCUGUUGUUAUCCACACUUCAGCAAUUUCAGUUUCAGUUUCUGCUCACAGGAGCCAUAAUAUUCCACAUCCCAAACCCUGGGCAGAAAUCUGAAAUUCCCCUCUGUAAUCUCGCUCCAUCUCCCAACAUGCUGGUACCUCUGCAGAAACACAUUAACUCCAGUCCGGAAUUCUUUCCAUCUUCCACUGAGGGUAGCUGCCAGAAUCUUCACCCAGUCAGUAUUACAGUGGAACCUCGGGUUGCGAAAGUGAUCUGUGUGGGAGGCACAUUCGCAACCCGCAGCACCGCGUCCACGCACGUGUGGAUCACGAUUUGGCGCUUCUGCGCAUGCACGAGUGCCGAAACCCGGAAGUAACCCGUUCUGGUACUUCCGGGUUCGGCGCGGUGCGCAACCCGAAAUCAUAUAACCUGAAGUAUCUGUAACCCGAGGUACCACUGUAUAUUUAAACCACAACGGCAGCAAAAUGCUCUUUCAGGCCCGCUUGCGUAUUUCAAACAGUUGCCCUUCGGGGGAGGUUUACCAGGUAAAACUACAAGUACAAAUUGAGUAGUCCCCCUGGGGCUAUACAAUUAAUCCAUCAGUUAAUUCAACAAGCGGGUUAGUCCUUUGUGAUGUUAUUCUUGCUCCUCAUCGACGCUACUUUCGUUUUCUGCUCACAGGGAUAAUUUUAACUGUGUCACAGUCCACCAUUAAUCCUGGGCAGAUAUCUAGAAUUCUCCUCUUUGGUCUCCUGCUAACGAGAUGGUGCCUCCCCACUAACUCAGUAACUCCAAUCAGGAAUUCCUUUCAUCUUUCCCUUAAUGGUCAUUGCCAGAAUCAUAGUCAAAAUUUCACAAAGUUUAUUUCGCAUGUAGCUUAGCGCCCACUCAUAUAUUUCAAACAGUUGUCCUUUAGUUACGACGAAAGUCUUUCUCCACAUCAAAUCCUUCUCAGUGGCUGGUUAAAUUAGCAAAUUAUUUUAUCUCUGCUAGUUCAGAGCAUGCCUGUUAAAUAAGUCUGAAUUUUUAUCUUAAGAAACUGGUGUCCUCUGCUCAUGGCGCCAGCUUUGAGGAGAUGCCAAGAUGUGCAGUGCAUUGCACCCAGCGCCCCCUGCAUUUCUUCAGGAUGGGCAGCAGGUAUCAGAUGAUCUGGGGGUGGCCUGCUCCUCCCAGCCCUGGUGGGGGGGCCUUUGGGAGGACAAUUACUCCCAUAUUAUCCUUGUCUGCACGAAAGGGCUGCACUGUUAUGGGCACAGCCAUUCACCAUGGCAGCCAAACAGGAAGUCCAAUAAUUCACCUAGCAAUCUUAUUUCCUAACACAUAGUAGCCUUCAUAUACUCCUAUGUUUGAAUAGAUUAGCACUAGUAGAGCAGAUGUGGUUGUUAAAGUAAAUGUUCCAUCCAUGGAGCAGAAGGUUUGGGCAAAAUUUCGUUUUUAGCUAAAUAUUCUUAUAUAUCAAUAUAUCACAAUGUCUGAAAUGGGAAUGGAACUAUGUAGAAUGGAACUAUGUAGAACGGAGCAAUGUCCUGGCAACUGCUAUUAAUUAGGAGUCUAAAACUGGUAAUUUUUUACUUACCUUUAACAUACUGUUACAGUAUAGAUAAUUUUUAAAUUAGCAUAUUUUCUCUAAAAUUAGAGGUGUAGAAGUACAGCAAGAAGCAGUUAGAAACUCAGGUAUCUUUCAUACAAGAUACUCUUUCUAUUUGAGUAUCCAUUUUAGACACUCUAUUUUUUUUAAAAUGAUAUUUAUUAAGAGUUUAAAAAUUACAGAAAAAAGAAAAAAAUAACAAUAAAAAAGAAAGAACAAUAACAAAACAUAUAAAACAUAUAAAAGCAAUACAGCAAUACAGCAAAAAAGAAAAACAAAGAAGAAACUAAAACAAACAUCCAAUAUUCCAUAUCUUUACCUUUCCUUUACUUGUUUCAUCGACCUCCUCACACCUCCCUUUUUUUGUAUUCUAGUUCCAUUCACUAUUUCAGCAAGUUCUUCCCAUCUUUCUCAAUUUUUGUUCUAUAAUUUAUCUUAACGGUCUAACCUUGAAUUUUUUCAUUUUAACCCAUUAUCAAUCAGCUUUUACUUAAUUCUUUGUUGCGUUUCUACUAAAACCAUGUAACUUCAUUCCAGCAUCCUUCUAACACCAUUUUAGACACUCUAUACAGGGCCCAGAACAGACUCUUCCUGCAGGAACUUCGCAUGACUUAAUCUGCUUUUCUUGAGCUGGAUGAUAUACAUUAAUUUCAACAACCUUAAUAUGCUCCAUGCUUUUUCAGAGCCAUUAUUUUUACUGUUUGGGUAACUCAUUCUUGCAUUUAUAUGACCAUAAAAUGUGAUCUGUAUAUCAGUUCUACUUGUCCUGUAAGUUGUUAUACAGUGGUACCUCUGGUUGCGAAUGGGAUCCGUUCCAGAGGCCCGUUUGCAACAUGAAAAGAGUGCAACCCGCAGUGGCGCGUCUGCACACGGGUUGCGAUUCGCCACUUCUGCACAUGCUCAUGACGUCAUUUUGCGCUUCUGUGCAUGAGCAAGUGGCGAAACCCGGAAGUAACCUUUUCUGGUACUUCCAGGUUGCCGUGGGACGUAACCUGAAAUAAAGUAACAUGAAGCGGACGUAACAUGAGGUAUGACUGUACAGGCUUUGUAAUAUAUGCAGCACUUUAGUAGAAACUUUGGGUUUAGCUUUUUCUAUGUUUGCUUAAAUUUGCACAAAAAUAAUAGUUUCUGGGGAACCUCUUGUAGUUUUUCCUGCACUUUGUUAGAUUUAUGUGGGAUUCCCAAGCAGUCACCCAUCCAGAUACUGUGCAGAACCAGAACUGCCCGGCUUCAGAAAUGGCAAGUUUUUAGUCACUUUCAGGUGUUGGAAAGGGAAAUCAAGAUACCUCCACAGUGAUACUUUAUAACUAGGCAAGUCCAUGUGACUGAAGAGAAGGCUGAAACAUUUGAGAAGGGUCCUUAUGCUUUUGUUCCUGGGCUCUGAGGGCAACAUUUUUUGCCCUUCCACAUACAUAGAUGUGUAUAGAAGGACUGUAGCUCAGUGAUAAAGCACCUGCUCUUCAUGCAAAAUGUCCCAGGUUCAAUCCCUGGCAUCUCCAGGUAGAUCUAGAAAAGCACCCAGGUUCAAUCCCUGGCAUCUCCAGGUAGAUCUAGAAAAGCACCCGCUGUCCAGAGUUGUUCCUGGUGUAGCAUAAUGUGGCUUUGUACAUUCUCAUAUACUUACAAGUUCAAUGAUAGCAAGCCAGCUAUAUCAUAUCAGAUAAGCUGUGGCUCUUUCAUUGAAGUAUAUUACAGAGAUCCCUUGCUGCAAUGUCUGCAAGAUGGAACAAAUCUCCCCCCUGUUCCCAGUCUGUGCAAUCAAGUAUGCCUCAGAUUGCAAGCAAUUUCUUUUUUCCAAUAGAACUCAGUGGAAACUAUUAAGAACCAAGACCGCCUCAGCUUCAUAGCCUUGUUUGGUGUCCCACUUCUUGGACAUUCUUGAAUGUGGCUGAGAGACAGAAUCCAUUCCUGAAUGCCUACAAACAUGAUUCUAUCAACAACCCUCCUAGUUAUUUUAAAAAUGUGGCAGUUCUCUUAUUCUUGUAUGUAUUAAUAUUUUUGUAUGAUUAAGAAAACUGAUAGCAGAUAAACCAGAAUAUAAUAGAGCUCAGUCCACUGUAGUUUUCUAUUUGCUUGGAUAAGUGAGCACCUGCUUUAAAAAACAAUAAUAAUCUGCAAGUCUUAAAUUAUUCCAAUUUUCAUAGUAUCUUCUUUUAUUUUUAGAUGAAUCUGCGUUCUGUAUUUACUGCAGAACAACAAAGGAUAUUGCAGCGUUAUUAUGAAAAUGGAAUGACAAAUCAGAGUAAAAAUUGCUUUCAGCUCAUAUUACAGUGUGCACAAGAAACUAAGCUGGACUUCAGUGUAGUCAGGGUAAGUACUCAGGUCUUCCAUGCUAAAAUUUGCAUAACAGUUUAUCAAAUGCACUUGUUUUGCUUCUUUAUCUGCAGGGGACAUGGAGCUAUUAAGAAACCAAAAAGCUCCUUUCCCCAAUAUAACUUGUGCUUUGUCCCCCCCGCCCCCAUGACAGCUCGUUAUAGUCUUGCCUGUUGUUUGAGAUAGUGCUAUGAAGUGCUUUCAUCUUGUCCAAACAACUUAAGUCUCUUUAGCAUCUGAAGUUAGGGCUUUUGUUGAAAUUCUGGCUUUUGUAGAUGUUUGAAAAUUUUCUUUCAUCUUUUUAACUUGGAUGUUUGAUUAUUAUUAUUUCAAACAAGAUUGUGUGAAGUAUGUAAGGGACACUUCACACAUUACAUUGGGGUGCAGUUACAUUGAUGCUUUGUAGAUUUAUGCCUACAAAUUAAGUGUAACAAAUAUGCCUUUGUAAGCACCUGUAUCAUACAGCUAUGCUUGUCAGGAGAUCAUUAUUGGCUACAGUUCCCUGUUGAGUGUAUGCUUGGUGGCUUUGCCUCCUCCUUAUGGGUGCCUUGGUAGAAAGAUGGUAUAUAAAUGCAGUAAAUAAAAGAAAUAAAGGCUCUGAAACAGUGUGAAAUGAAUCUGAAACAGUAGUUUAAUUGCAUUAGUUCGCACUACAUUAGUAAAAUGUUGUGGUUUAAUUUAGUUUCUGCUAAAACGAGUGGGUGGGCAAUUAAGUUCAUUCUAUGGUAAGACUACCCCCCCCCCCCUUUCUCAACUGAUGAGGAAGACGCUGGGGAUAUUUUAGCCAUUUUAUGAAAUUCUUGAUCUGAUUUGGAUAUUAGGAAGAUUCCUGGUAUAUGUGUUGUGGCUCUUACAAUUUGUGAUAAUCUUCUUUAAGAAUUUCUUUUGAGUUGACCUCACUUGUUCUUAUGAGUGGCGGGGUAAAUGCUAAGUCCUUGUAGUUCUAGGUGAGGACAGUACCAGGAAAGUACCAGCUGCCUUGGAAUAUUUUUUUCAGCCAUGUACAUUGCAGUGCUUUGUUCAGGGGCCUUGCUUGGAACUAUUAUGUAUCUAUUAUGCUGAAGAAAUGAUAGAAUAUACUCUGAUAGCAGGACCAGCAUGUUCUUCAGGCCCCAACUGUUCAAUAGCAAAAGUUCGAUUUUCAGAAAUGGGUAGAUGGAGAUCUUUGCAGCAUGGUUGUAAACAUUAGGAGGUGGUGAUGUGUGCACAUCAAGCUGCUAUUAAAGGUACAGUCACAGAGGACAGUUCAAAGGUUUACUUCUCAGUGUCCAGAAAUAUUAGAGUUCAGUAUUGAUCCUUCCUCCUCCUUGGAGAAGGAAAAGAUAAAGAGACAGAAAGUUAUGGUGGAAAUGGCCUGGGUGGGGGGAGACGAAUCUUGCACUCUGGUGGCUUGUUUAUGGGCAAGGGCAUGUGGUAUAUAAGCAACAGCUGGAAAAUUGCAAGUGGUAGUUAAUAGUAAAGGUAGAAGUCACUCAUGUGUCUCAUUCAUUCACUUCUUUAGUGUUUGUACUGUGAUACUCUGGACUGAAUGAAAUGAAUUUGAGUUGGAUCCUUUGCUGAUGAACUCUUUUGUGUUUGCAGACCUGGGUUGGCAACAAAAGAAGGAAGAUGAGCAGCAAGAAUGUUGUGGAUUCUGGAGGCACCCCAUCAGGGACUGUUGCCAGCACAUUGAACAUACCUACAAUGACGAAUGUCCGAAGCCUAGCCAACCUUGCUUCCCCCCAAACCCAACAGGCAUCUUGGACGUCCUCCAACAACGAUGUCAUGGUAACCGGUGUAUACACCCCAGCCAGAUCUUCUCACAGGCUGGUGUCCACUAAGCAGUCCAGUGCAUCGGUGAGUGAUCUGCAUAAAAAUUCUCUUCCAAGGCCACAAACAAAAAGUGAACCUGAGUUUCAGCGGCAGCAGAUUGCAGUGGCGCAGCAAGCCCCCCACUGUAAAAAUGCUUCUCUGUUCCUGGGAGAAAAGACUAUUAUCCUGUCAAGGCAAACAAGUGUGCUAAAUUCAGCAAAUUCUAUUUAUGACCAUGCUAAGAAAAGCUAUGGUGGUUCUUCAGUUCAGACUGCAGAGUUGGUUUUACCUCAGAAGCCCAUGUUGUGCCACAGACCAAGCAAAGUGGAACAGAUGGGAUGUCAAAGGUUACCGAAACCAGAGCAUCCGAUCCUAGCCUCACAUGUGCCAUCUGGGCAAAGGGCCAGCAUUAGAGAUCCUUCCUGCAGCACACACAAUGUGGAAAUUCGAGAGGUUUUUUCCUUGGCUGUUACCGAUCAACCUCAGAGAAUCCUGGGAGGAAAUACUCAGAAGCCAUCGUCCUCUUCUUCUGCAGAUGGCAGUUAUUUGUCCAUUGCCAUGGAAACGGGGGAUGUCGACGAUGAGUAUGCUAGAGAGGAAGAAUUGGCAUCAAUGGGUGCCCAGAUACAGAAUAACCCCCGACUAAGGGGCACAUCCCUCAUGGUGGAGAACCCAGGCACAGGCCUACCAGGGUCGGGCAGAAGUGUUGGCUGCAGUUCACACUUGGUUAAUUCCAGGGACUUGCACAACAGUACCCUGUAUCAUAACAGAGACUACCACUUGCCUCCACGUACCUCCUUGCAUACUAUGUCCAGCACACUAUAUAGCAGUUCUUAUCCAUCAAGAGGUAAUCUGUCUUCUCAUUCUGCAGCUUCCAAUCAACGAAGGCUGUCUCAAAACCAAAAUAAUUACCAGGUAAUUGGAGUUCCUCCUACGUUUUAAUGCUUGUGCUUUGACAUCGUCUUCUGUUUUGUUGAUGUUGUUGUAAACCGGGAGUUCCAGCAAGUUCACUGUGCAGUGAAUUACAGCUGCUUUAUGCAUUUCUUGCCAAGGAAACACCUUGAAUCAUUAUGCAUUCUAUUCCAUGAUUUUGGACACCUUAUCCUCUGCACCAAUACAUGAAGCUGCAGAGUCUUGCUGUAUAGUGGAGCCAUAGGUGUGACAGCCAUAAGGUUCUUCUGCAUGUGCGAAUCACAUCUGCCUUUUGUUUCCUUUUCAUUGCUACUUUGGCCUAAAGCCUCUUUCCAUGAAUGGUAAAGGUAACUCCAGUGUGCCUUUGCUUGAGUCUGUCUCACCAUUCCUGCUCUCUUCAUUUGCCUUGAAAGAGGUAUCAUGCCUGGACUUUUCACACAUUCAGUGUUCAAAACUCCCAUUGUUCCAUGUGCAUUUUGUGACACAGAAUUUCAUUAGCACAAGCAGUUUCUGAGCUCUGGGUGCAGUACUGUGCUGAAGAUUUCAGACUUCAGAGUGGAACAAAAGGGGGAGCUUUUUCUGCCUCCCCACUUCCAGCUACUCUCUGAAGAAUAUUAGGGGGGUGGGCAGGGAAAGGACUAGACCAUGUGAAAAAUGAACAUAAUGUUUUAGCUGCAGUUCAUUCAUUUUCAGCUUUGUAUUCUUGUUAUUAAAAAGAUUGCCUAGACAUUCUGUUGUUGCACCCAUAACCUAGGGUUUCAUACCUCAAUUUCUAACACUGCUCAUAUUUACAGAGGCAGUGAAACAUGACAGUCUUAGCUUUUUUGCUUUGGCACUUGCUGCAGUUGCCUAAGCCACAAGGAUGCUGGUACCAGGCCUAGAGAGGUUCUGGUUAGACCUGCCCAGGAUUUGUGACCAGUUACGUUAACCUGAUCUCAGGAGGAGGAGGAGUUAUGCUAAGACCAGACCAUGUCAUUACUGAGGAGGCAGGUUUAGUAGUUGGUUGAAGACUAUCCCUGCCCCCGGGUCUGGUCUUGACCGGAAGGAUACUGAAAUUGACAAGGGAGACCCACAUGACCUUAAGGUGCUGCUUGCAAUGCCAAGUCAAUGAUUCACAAGAUGGCUGUCAUCCAUGACUUGAUCGUGGAUGGAGGACUUGAUCUGGCAUGUGUAACAGAGACUUGGUUGGAUGAAGCAGAUGGGCCUGUCCUUGCCACUGCUUGUCCACCGGGCAACCCAGGUCAGCGAUGGGGGUGAAGAUGCUCCUUCAGGAAUACCGUUGAUGGCCUUCCAGCUGAUGCCUUGGUGGCCCGCUGCAAUGUGGAGUUAACCAGGGCUAUUGACUGUCUGGCUCUGAAGCGCCCUCGCUGGUUGCAUUGAGCUCAGACAGCCCCGUGGUUUUCCCCAGAGCAGAGGGCGAUGAAAUAAUCGCUGAAACAGCUAGAGAGCCGGUGGCAGAAAACUCAUUCUGAAUCGGACCGGACACAGGUUAGAGCUCAGUGUUGAGCCUACCAAGUGGUAAUAGCGACAGCAAAGAGGAUAUUCUUCACCGCCUCUAUUGCAUCUGCAGAAAACAGCAGCAGAGACUCUUUUCAGGUGGUUCACAAUUAAACAGAACCACCUUUGCCAUCGGGGCCUGGUAAGGACCCCAAGAUCUCCUGCAAAUUUUUUUUUUGCAGAUAAAGUCGCUCAGAUUCGGAAAGAGGUAAACUCCACCUUGGGAGCAGGGCCAGGGCAGGAGAGUGCUAGAGUCCUGUCUAGUCAAGUUGCAUGGGAUCAAUUUCAAUCUGUUACCUCCAUGGAUGUGGACAGGCUGCUUGGACAAGUGAAACCGACCACCUGUCUCCUUGAUCCUUGCCCAUCCUGGCUCAUAAAAGCAAGCUGGGAAGGGCUGGGCAAUGGUCUCUGUGGGGUGGUGAAUGCUUCCCUCUGUGAGUGAGCCUUCCCAGACCUGCUGAAAGAAUUGGUUAUUAAAAUAUCUUUGGACCCAGCCAAUAUGGCCAACUAUCACCCAAUCUCAAAUCUUCUAUUCUUCAGCAAAGUGAUUGAGCGGGUGGUUGCUGAACAGCUCCAGGCAUGCCUGGAGAAUGCGGACCAUUUGGAUCCUUUCUAGCCAGGAUUCAGGCCACUUCAUGAAACUGAAUCUGCCUUGGUCACACUGGUUGAUGAUCUCCGGUAGGCUAGGGACAAAGGUGAAAGCUGUUUCCUGGUUCUGCUGGAUCUCUCAGCGGCUUUUGAUACCAUCAAUCACGACAUCCUUCUGAAUGUCUAGUGGGACUGGGGGCACUGGGGCACUGUUACACAGUGGUUCUGCUCCUUCCUCCUGGGCCGUGUCCAGAAAGUGGUGUUGGGGGAUGAGUGUUCAGACCCCUGAGCUCUCACUUGUGGGGUGCUUCAGGAUUCCGUCCUCUCCCUCAUGCUUUUUAACAUCUAUAUGAAGCCGCUGUGAGAGAUCAUCAGGGGGUUUGGGCUGGGUGUUCAUCAGUAUGCGGGUGAUACCCAGCUCUACCUCUUUCAAAUCAGAACCAGUGAAGGCGGUGAAGGUCCUGUGUGAGCACCCAGAGGUGGUUGGAGGAUGGAUGGCGGCUAACAGAUUGAGGCUGAAUCCUGACAAGACAGAAGUACUGUUUUGGGGGGACAAGAGGCAGGCAGGUGUGGAGGACUCCCUGGUCGUGAAUGGGAUAACUGUGCCCCUGAAGGACCAGGUACGCAGUCUGGAAGUCAUUUUGGACUCACAGCUGUCCAUGAAGGCACAGGUCAAUUCUGUGUCCAGGGCAGCUGUCUACCAGCUCCAUCUUGUACAAAGGCUGAGACCCUACCUGCCCGCACACUGUCUCACCAGAGUGGUACAUGCUCUAGUUAUCUCCUGCUUAGACUACAAGUGGUGCCUCGCAAGACGAAAUUAAUCCGUUCCGCGAGUGUCUUCGUCUAGCGGUUUUUUCGUCUUGCGAAGCAACCCUAUUAGCGGAUUAGUGCUAUUAGCGGUUUAGCGGCUAUUAAAGGCUUAUCGGCUUAGCGGAUUAGCUGCUAAAAGGCUAUUAGCGGCUUAGCGGCUUAGAAAAAGGGGGGGAAAGCGAAAAAAAAUCUCAAGACUCGCAAGACAUUUUCGUCUUGCGAAGCAAGCCCAUAGGGAAAUUCGUCCUGCGAAGCAACUCAAAAACAGAAAACCCUUUCGUCUAGCGGGUUUUCCGUCUUGCGAGGCAUUCGUCUUGCGGGGCACCACUGUACUGCAAUGUGCUCUACAUGGGGCUACCUUUGAAGGUGACUCAGAAACUACAAUUAAUCCAGAAUGUGGCAGCUAGACUUUUGACUGGGAGUGGCUGCCGAGACCAUAUAACUCGGGUCCUGAAAGACCUACAUUGGCUCCCAGUACAUUUCCGAGCCAAAUUCAAAGUGUUAGUGCUUUAAAGCCCUAAAUGGCCUCGGCCCAGUAUACCUGAAGGAGCAUCCCCACCCCCAUCGUCAGCCCAGACACUGAGGUCCAGAUCCAAGGGCCUUCUGGCGGUUCCCUCACUGUGAGAAGUGAGGUCAUAGGAAACCAGGCACAGGGCCUUCUUGGUAGUGGUGCCCGCCCUGUGAAAUGCCCUCCCAUCAUAUAUCAGAGAAAUAAACAACUACUGUAUCAGACUGUUAGAAGACAUCUGAAGGCAGCCCUGUUUAGGGAAGUUUUUUAUGUUUGAUGUUUUAUCAUGUUUUUAAUAUUAUGUUGGGAGCCAGAGUGGCUGGGGAAACACAGCCAGAUGGGCAGGGUAUAAAUAAAUUAUUAUUCUUAUUAUUUAUUUAUUUAGUAGUGAAUGGUAAAAUGACCCUUUUAUAGUGAAAGAGUGAAAUUCUAUGGCUAGAUUAGCAGUUCAAAAAAUAUUGUUUCCAAAUUUCUUUAUUAAUGUGGAGAGUAAAUUGUACAUGGAUUUGGCUCUAAAAAAGUUGGCUUUUAAAACAUACAUUUACCAUCCUAUUGCACUAUAUUUGGAGUGGAUGUGGAGAUACUUACCUCAUAUUAUGGGCGGAUAGUCACUUUUUAUUCUGCUACUGAUUCACCUUUUAAAUUCUGCUGCCAGAUAUCGAUACUACAUAGUUACCAACGCUUUUAACUACCGUAUUUUUCGCUCUAUAAGACGCACCUUUUCCCUUCUAAAAAGUAAGGGAAAAUGUGUGUGCGUCUUAUGGAGCGAAUGCAGGCUGCGCGGCUAAGCCCAAAGCCAGAACAGGGAGACGGAGCGCUGCACAGCGCUCCGUCUCGCUGUUGUAGCUUCUGGCUUAGCUGCGCAAAGCCUCCGCAUGGCAGCGGGAUGAAAGCACCCCGUUGCUCUGCAGAGGCUUCAAAGGCUGUCCCCGAAGCCAGAACAGCAAGAGGCAAUCCCAGAAGCCAGAUCCCUCUUGCUGUUCUGGCUUCUGGGGUUCAGAAUUUUUUUCUUCUUGUUUCCUCCCCCCCAGACUAGUUGCGCCUUAUCGUCCGGUGCGUCCUAUAGAGCGAAAAAUACGGUAUAUUCUGGUAAUGGCGGUAAUUUAGGUAUGGUACAAAACUAGCUAGAGACAUUUUAGAAUUAAAUAAAAGUAAUUAUUUAUUAUAAAGUAUAAAUGUGAAAUAAAUACUAUACAGUUCUUCCAAUUUGCUACUGUGUCUUUAAGACCUACUUAUAUUUGCUGUCAUAGGGUAUCUUUCAAUGACAGUUACAGAGGUUUACAUAAGCCUGGCUGCUAAAACUUUAUUCCUAACCUUAUUUAACUUGAAAGCCAAUAACACUUAGUCCCUUUCCCAUAGUCAGUUGCACCACCAGGUGCUGUAGACUUCAGCUGGUUUUCUUUGAGUGAGGCUUGCAGGUAGUUCUCACUUUGGUCCAACUCAGAAGCUCCUGAAGGGAUUCUCCUCACUGCUUUAAUGCCUUUACAUGACCUCACUGCCAAUAUUUGGCUUAAUCCAGUGAUUCAGUUUUUUGGGGGGCAGGCUGUGUACGAAGCUUUCCUUUAGGCUCAAUAGCCUCUUGCCCAUCUUCUGCUUCUGCUUCUCCUUCAGCUGCCUACUCCAGCCUUCUCCCUCAGCUUCUCUUCCUCAGUCUCUGUCUUCCUCUUCUUUGUCUCUCUCCCUCUGUCUCCCUCUCUCUGGUCAGCAGUUUCCCUCAGUCAGUAGUAAAAUAGGCCUAUUUAUGUUCUAGGUGGCUUGUCCUUCAAACCAGUCAAAUUUUAGUGGCAUAGUAUUCUCUCCCUCCCCUCAUCAGAACACUUUCCCCAUCCAUUGAGUGACCAAAACUCUAUUCUAGUAAACACGUUUUCGAGGGUGAUUUAUCCAUAGUGUUUGUACUAUGAAAAAAACUAGUUUCUGAUUUUUUAACUUGGAGAUUGUGUUCAAUAUAUGCAAGCCUUUAGUGUGCAAUGUUUCUGUUUGGGAAGGGCCCCCAAUCUGGAUCCAGGACCAUGGUGAAUGGAUUCUUUCCUUGUGCACUACGUUUGUAUCAAAUUUCCAUUCCUUACAAAGCUUCCAUUAAGAAAUCAGUGGAAGCUUUCUCAUGGGGCUAAAAACCGCCUUUGGGUGGGUUUUCUGUGAGAUCACACAAAAUGUGGGGAAACAGCUCCACCCCCGACUUAGAUCUCAUAUUUGAAGAGCAUAGAUUAUGGGCUAUUGGACUAGCAUUUAUCAGUUACAGAAACAACUGUCUUAAUGUUUUUGGUUUUAUUUUGUUUGUUUAAAAAAAAACACUAAGCAAAAAUGCUUUCUAUUUAGAUGAUACAGGUGAGUGUUGUGGUUAUCUCCUGCCAUUCCAAAUCCUGCUUGUUAAUUUGCAUUUCACAGUAGAGUUUAGAUUUCUUUGGGUAAUAAAAGAAUAAAAACCUGUGGGGUAUGUUUCAUGGAAAAGGUUGAUAGGCUAAUUACGGGUUAUUUUUCCAGUUUGAAAACCAGAACAAUUGUGAUCUUUUGCUUGAUUAUGAAAAGCCAUUGACUGGGGACAGAGCUCAUUUUAUCUUGGCAAUUUCAAUGUAACAAAAUCUGAUUAUAGAGGAACAAAUUGCUAAUGGCUUUCACUGCAUGCAAAUUUUUGCCAGCAGAAAUAGUAUUGCAUUAUGUUCAGCAAUGUGAUACUUCUAGAUAUUGAAAUGUACUUUUCCUUUGGGAUGAAAUGUUUGUCUUGAGAUGUAGUACUUUUGAUAUUUUAAAAUACUUUAAAAUAGUGUGUUCUUAAUAGAAAUUCUAUUAGUAUUUUUUAAUAGAGUACACUUGAAAAAUAGUCAUUCACUUUCAGAAGCAAACCUUGCUCCUAUAGCGUGGCAUGCAUAGAAAACACUGGUAGUGUGCAGGGCUACAGCCGUGUCACAUCAAAGUAGCCUUGGCUUGGAAGCUUCCAAACUGUUUGCUGUGCUAGGAAUGGGACAAGCCACAGCAGACUCUCUCGGUGAUAAUGAUGAUGGUGAUGAUAAUAAAUUAUUUAUACCUUGCCCAUCUGGCUGGGUUUCCCCAGCCACUCUGGGCAGCUUCCAACAAAAGAUUAAAAAUACAUUAAAACAUCAGUCAUUAAAAACUUUCCUAAACAGGGUUGCCUUCAGAUGUCUUUUAGAAGUCAGAUAGUUGUUUAUUUCUUUGACAUCUGAUGGAAGGGCGUUCCACAGGGUGGGUGCCACUACCAAGAAGGCCCUCUAUCUGGUUCCCUGUAACUUCGCUUCUCGCAGGAAUGGAACCGCCAGAAGGCCCUUGGAGCUGGACCUCUUUGUCUGGGCUGAAUGAUGUGGGUGGAGAUGCUCCUUCAGGUAUACUGGGCCGAGGCUUGUGCCCAACCAUGUACAAGCUACUAGGCUAUAAAAGAACUUUACCAGACACCUGUCCACAUCUGUCUGCUACAGAGUGUCUUUAAUAGGAGGCCUGGCAAAUUAUGUGUCCAGCUUCCUAAAAAGGAAUAAUUGUUCACUUUUGAUGAGUAGUUAACUUCACAGCUGCUUAGGUUGAUAAGACAGAUCCUGCCAGAUCAGAUCAACAGUAAAACAGCCAGCGGGUUUCCGGCCUGAUGUCAUGGUCAUUGUGGUCGAGCUCUUCUGCCCUCCAGGGCAGUGGAGCUGUCCGAGCAGGGGAAAGCAAUAAUUUAUGAGGAAAAAUUCCUGGCAAAGCUCCUCAGGGGAUUCUGGGGAGUGCACGUUAUCCCGAGGUGUCGCUUAAGCCUGUAUCUGCCAGCUUGAAAGGCAGAACGGGUGCGAUCUGGGAAGUGUGUCCCUGCCAUGAACGAACCUCCAUCUUUGGCAUGAUCUGUAAUCAGUUCCUCAAGAAUUUUGAAUAUUGGCUUUACUUAAGGGGCACUCCCCUGCAAAAGGAAAGAAUCGUGUGUAGUUGUUAUGAUGUUAUUUUGUCUGAGGAAUACUGAGGAUACUGAGGAAAAGAAAGGGGACACUGAUUUAUGCUCAACAAAGGGUUUUUACAAUGUUUUUCUAUACCCUUCCCUCCUGACCAAGGUAAAAGUAAAGGGACCCCUGACCAUUAGGUCCAGUCGUGGCCGACUCUCGGGUUGCGGCGCUCAUCUCGUUUAUUGGCCGAGGGAGCCGGCGUACAGCUUCCGGGUCAUGUGGCCAGCAUGACUAAGCUGCUUCUGGUGAACCAGAGCAGCACACGGAAACGCCGUUUGCCUUCCCACCGGUGCGGUACCUAUUUAUCUACUUGCACAUUGACGUGCUUUCGAACUGCUAGGUUGGCAGGAGCAGGGACCGAACAACGGGAGCUCACCCCGUGGCGGGGAUUCGAACCGCUGACCUUCUAAUCGGCAAAUCCUAGGCUCUCUGAUUUAACCCACAGCGCCACCCGCGUCCUAUGUUCCUGACCAAUGUAAUGGACCCUAUUUAAAUUAGCUUUGGACUGAACCAGGAGUGGAGGAGAGAGUAAUUUGGCAAGACAAAGGGCAGGUAAUUACAUCUGACAGGACUUUAUGUAUGUGACUUUAUUCUUUAACUGGCGGGCUCAGGAAAAUAAUCCCCAGAGUUUUAAUGGCGGAGCAGGCAUCUUGUCGGGGCGUUAUUUAUAGCUCUGUAAGGCCUUGAACAACGGAAGGAAUGUUUUCAAAGGAGUGGAAUGUGAAUGGACAAAGGACGAUGGCAUAAAUUAUCACUGCACACCAGGUCUGGGAACAGAGUUCUGGAAGAACUACACAUGUGAAGUGGACUUUUAUCUGUUUGAGAAACAACCGAGGUUGCAUAUUAUGAACAACCUCCAUCUGAGGAUCUUGUUUCCAAUCUAAGUGUGAAGAUUUUAUUGGAUAGCCUUCUCCAGGUCAGCUGAAACAGAGAUUCUCAUUCAGGUGCCUAGCUGGGUGAUUCAGACUACAGAUGACAUUUGGACUCAUUGUAGGGGAACAUGGACUUAAGGACGAUGGCACCCAGAUUAAUGUGAGAGUAGUUGGUUUGUUUGGGCUUAAUAUCACCAGGAUGGACUUCAAGACACUGCUGGCAACAUAAGAUAGUCAAGACAACACAAGAGCCAAGCUCAGUAUUGGAGAUGGAAAAAUCUCUGACUCCUGAGGCCCACCUGCUCCCACACUUGACAUCUUAUAAUGUCUGGGGGAGAGUGGGUAGAGCUACAGCUUUAGAAUGUGCUCCCAGUUGUUCCUCUGCAUGUGUGGCUUGUAUUUGGUGCCUUUUAAAUUUGGCACCAAAUGCAAAUCCAUGACUAGAAAGGAAGAUGAUGAUUCACCCUUUAAAGUUGAAUCCCUUGACUCCAGGUGACUGGCUGGGGGGGCAGGUAUGGACCAGUUCCAGAUGCAGUCCACUGACCAGGUACAGUUUCCCUGGUCUGUGACAACAGUUGUGUAUCUUCCCAAAUCCAUUUUGAAUAAUAUUCUUUUUCUUUCCUCAGAUUUCAGGAAAUCUUCCUGCACCUUGGACUAUGGGGAGUUCACGAAAAAGAGCUGUAAGUACUUCUCACUGAAGCAGUAAGUGAACAAAGUGCAGACUUAGAUUAGGUAUUUUAGGCUUAGAACUUUUAAACUAAUACGAGUAGGGUUUUAAAUAAAGUUUGUCUUGAAACGAAAUCUUUCCUCCCCACCCACAGCCCCCUUCCUGCUUCCUCAGCAUCUCCUGUCAAAGUGCAGAGAUGACAUUGUUAGAUAUGUGUAACCCACAGUCAGAAGAAUGCACUGUCUUUCCAAGCAACUUUGCAUAUUCACAUUGCCUUUGCCAUUGAUAGUAAUUCUGAUUUAUGUUACACUUAACUUGCAACCUUGUAAAAUGCUCGAAGCAUCUCUGUCAACACUGACAGUAGUGAAUGAGAAAGGGUGAAGAUUAUCAUCUGCAUUCAUGGAGAUCCUAAAAGUCUCCCCAUUGACAGUAAUGUUUCCUAUAUUUUAUUAAUAGCUAGCAGUAUCAACACGGAUUUCUCACUGUUGGCUUAAAUAAUGACAAAAGCAAUAAAACUUCAAAAUUAAACCUGCUGUUAGGAAUCCUCCUUUUGUAAGAUGGACUGCAAUGUAUUUCCAGUUGUCAAAUAAUUCUAGUGAUGGAUUGGUGUCACUAAAAUCAACUGGGAAAGCUCAGUGGAGUGAAAAAUAGCAUGGCAUAGCCCUUUGGAAAUGCAGAAUAAGACUUAAAAGGAGAUGGGCAUUGCUAAUGGCAAGAGUAACAAAGACGUCUCUAAUGGAUGGCUCUCAAAGUAAAACCUUCAUAUUUAGAAUUUAUAGUCCAUUUCAACUAACUAUUGAAAGCUCUCCUCUUACAUUCUGUGUGCCUCUAAAUAGUUUUGCCUUCUCCUUUUCUGUCUCAUUUAAUUAAUUUAGAGAGAAUGAAACCCAGGCUGUCUGGCACAUAGCGAAAGGAAAAUGCAAUGACAGAGAACUAUAAAUCUUUCAGUUCAGCAAUAACUCUAAAUCUACCAUGGAAAAACAACAGUGCACAGACUCUGCUUUUAGUGUUGUUGGUUAACUAUCUAACUAUUAAUUUGUGGUGGCAUUGAAUAGCCUCAAUCUCCGCAAUUGAAUAUGCUUUUAAAGCAAUUUUAAACCUGUUUGUAGAUGAUGUAGUCUUAACAAAUGACACAAUUUCUAGACUUUCAUAUAAUCUCUCUAUUUGCACAAGGAAAUUGUAUUCAAAUGAGAUUUGCUAAAAGGGUAAAGUAUGUUAUAAGUGUCUCCAGUUGUGCUAGGACAACAAAAUAGCUCCAUUGGUUUUGUGACCUAGGACAAUCUUGAAUGCCAUUCUUAAAUGAGCUGCAGAUAAAUUUUGACCCAAAGCCGAAGAAGUGUGCAUGCACACGAAAGCUCAUACCAAUAACAAACUUAUUUGGUCUCUAAGGUGCUACUGGAAGUAUUUUUUAAAUUUUGUUUCAACACUGUAUAAGAGAUUCAUCUUCUUGAUACUUUCAGCAUCACAUUCCCCCAAAUAUCAACGACAGCUAGGAAAGGGGCAAAUACCUCUAGUACAGCUAAAUUAUAUGUGUGUUGAAUGUGUUGGAGCAUGUACUGACCCACCUUGUUCUCAUCUGUGCUGUCAUAAUGUUUCUUUCAGCUGAGCUUCUUUUCCAUUUCCCAUUGACUCUUUGUGGGAGUGGGGCAGUGCAAUCCUAUUUUUCAGAACAUAAGAAUCCUCCUGAAUUAGAUGAAGAGCUCGUCUGUUCCAGCAUCUUGUUUCUAACAAAGACCAACUAAAUGAUUUUGGGAAGUUUGCAGGAGAUCUGGAAAACCUUCUGUUGUUUCCCCCAGGAUAUAACACCCAAGUAUUUAGUAUCCUGGAAUUUAUUGCUUCUAAAGAGUUACAUUUUAUCAUCUAGGGCCUUAUCCAUAAGUUACUGCUUUCCUGACUCUCAUUUGAAAUCAUCUAUGUAAAUCUCUCAAAGUUUGUUAGUUUGAAUACACAGUAUAUUAAUUUUGUUAAAUCAAUAAAUUUCAGCAAAACCCUCACAUACUGGUAGAGCAUACACAGACACUUACAGGCCCCUCUAAAGACAACUAUUACCAAGAGGAUUCAGUCCACUUCUUAAUGUAAUCUUGGAAGGAGAAUGUGUAGUAUGCUAGCCCUGGAAAAUAAAUUCUAAUCCCAUGGAAGCACCCUUGUAUGUGCCACUGUGCAUGUGUAGGAUCUCAUACAGUGGUACUUUGGGUUACAGAUGCUUCAGGUUACAGGCUCCACUAACCCAGAAAUAAUACCUUGGGUUAAGAACUUUGCUUCAGGAUGAGAACAGAAAUCGCACGGUGGCGGCACUGUGGCAGCGGGAGGCUCCAUUAGUUAAAGUGGUACCUCAGGUUAAGAACAGUUGCAGGUUAAGAACGGACCUCCAGAAACAAUUAAGUUCUUAACCCGAGGUUCCACUGUAUUUGGUUUGUUUGAUAGGUUAUUAUUGCAGUUGUACCUCAGGUUAAGUACUUAAUUCGUUCCGGAGGUCCGUGCUUAACCUGAAACUGAAACUGUUCUUAACUGAAGCACCACUUUAGCUAAUAGGGCCUCCUGCUGCCGCCACGCCGCCAGAGCACAAUUUCUGUUCUCAUCCUGAAGCAAAGUUCUUAACCCGAGGUACUAUUUCUGGGUUAGCAGAGUCUGUAACCUGAAGUGUCUGUAACCUGAAGCGUAUGUAACCCGAGGUACCACUGUACUUUUGUUUUAAUGCAUUUUUAAAAUUUAUACUUGAUGCUCUUCAAAUUUUGUAAACUGCUUAUGUGCAAAGGGAUUAAUAAAUUGAGUAAGUGCACAAAAAUAGUUCCUGGAUGGGGAAGCUUUCUGGGUUAGUGGUUCCCAACCCCUGCUUUUGAUAUGGUGCCUUACUAUAGAUCAGAGAAUCUAAAAAUUGAAGCUUUUCUUAUAUAUAGUCAGGCACAGUCUUUAAGCAUUUGCAGUUGUGCUAGAUGCUGUCCCAGGGGUUUCAGUCUUUGUAUAAUUGAGGCAGGAACCCCAGAGAGGUGUGAGGUUGCCUACUCUGGAAAAACUGCUCAGGAAUCUUCACCUUAACUCCUUUCUUGGUGGAAUGCCACAGGCAUGAAAGCAGUUUUGGGAUUUUAGCUGUUCAAGUGAACAUGGUCUUAAUUAGCUGAAGAAUGUAAUGCCAGAUAGUUAAAAGAAAGGAUAAUUUUAAGGCCAAUAGGUAUCUCAAGGCAUUGAUAAGCACCUCUUUAUCCCAUACCUCUGUUUUCUCCUAGUUGCGAUGCAAGUGAACUUAGGUUAAAGAAUCUUUAAAGGGACCCCUGACCAUUAGGUCUAGUCGUGACCGACUGGGGUUGCGGCGCUCAUCUCGCUUUAUUGGCCAAGGGAGCCAGUGUACAGCUUCCGGGUAAUGUGGCCAGCAUGACUAAGCCGCUUCUGGCGAACCAGAGCAGCACACGGGAACGCCGUUUACCUUCCUGCCAGAGCGGUACCUAUUUAUCUACUUGCACUUUGACGUGCUUUCGAACUGCUAGGUUGGCAGGAGCAGGGACCAAGCAACGGGAGCUCACCCCAUCGCGGGGAUUUGAACCGCCGACCUUCUGAUUGGCAAGUCCUCGGCUCUGUGGUUUAACCCACAGUGCCACCCGCGUCCCAAAGAAUCUUUAGCUUUGGUUAAAGAAUUGUGAGCGUUACCUUCAGCACAACAUUGCCCAUGCUGUGGCAUAAGAGAUAUUUUUGCAUGGUGGUUAGAAGGGGUAUUUAUUAUUUAUUUCAGAUAUUUAUAUGCUGCUUAGUAUUCAGGGUAUGGGGACAGGGAAAGGAAGCCCUUCAAAAGAGUCAGUGCUGUUUGCAGGCCAUCCCUUACCCAAUGUUGAAAAGAAACAAAUGUUGACCUUCACACAUGAGAAACCAUAUGUAAUCUUGAGCAUGACAGAGAGGCAGCCUCUACUUAGCCACAAGGGCUGCUUUUUAUAGUGUAUUAAUUGAGGUUCUUUGCCAGAAAACCGUCUGACAACCUGUCCUUCAGAAUCUGUAUAACAUGACUGAUGAAUUUAAGGCCAGGCAAGAUGUGAAUGAUUUAGCAGACAGUGGUGCUUUAAAGGGCAAAGUGAAAUCUUCAGUCAAAGAGCUUGUUUACAUGGAUUUAUUUUUUUAGCCACCUGCUUCCUAAUUCUUGGUUAGUGACAAUCACCAUGUCACUUAAAAAAUCCCUUUGCUUAGCGAGGUGCCCUGCUGGCUGUCCUCCAGUUUUGGAGUCUUCUUCCUUCUCAAGUUUGCCAAAGUCCAGCCCUGAGCCACUUGGGUGGCUUCUUAUUUGGGGCUGGUGUUUAGUGACCAGAGAUUAAUGCCGCUGCCCCCGCAAAGUUCAUUUUUUAAUAGUACAUUUUAUAUCCAGAUUGGGGAACCUGUAACCCUUUAGGUAGACUCCAAUUCCAAUCAGCCCCAGCUGACAUGUCCAGUAGUUAGGGAUGAUGGGAGUUGUAGUCCAGCAACAUAUGGAGGGCCACAGGCUCCUCACCCCUGUUUUAUAUUGUGCAAGUUGGCUUUGCAGCCAAUAACCAAUGGAGUUAUUAUGGUUCCCCCUCAACUUGCAUGGUGAGGAGGAGAGCCAUGCUUUUCCAGAUAAAUGCAGCCAUAUUUAUCCCCCACAAGUGACCAGGCAUGUGCUUUAUCACCAGCCUAAACUACAUGGUAACUUCUCAUUUCAUUCAAAGGUUAGGAGUUAGGAACUGGGCUUUAAUUUUUGACUUUGCAACACCAUGUGGAACACCUUCAUUUUCAAUUGUUGUCUCCUUUCUAGUACUUAAAACAAUAAAGUGUGUGCUUGAUUUACAGCUACAAGACCGUACACAAUUCAGUGACCGGGAUUUAGCUACCCUUAAGAGAUACUGGGACAGGGGCAUGACGAGCCUUGGUGCAAUUUGCAGAGAGAAAAUUGAAGCAGUCGCUGCGGAGUUAAAUGUUGACUGUGAAAUAGUACGGGUAAGAACCUCCAGUCCUCCCGUUUCUGGUUGCAGAAAAUAGCCUAGAUGAAAGCUUUUUUAAAAAAUUACAUGAGGUAGACUGAAAUAGACUGCACGUGUUACAUAAUGAAUGGCCACGUUAGGAAGUGCUCUCUUGCUCUGUUUCCUGUCUAUUUAUAGUUAAAAUCCCUCAGGUGAGACUUUUAUCAAUUGGCAGCACGAGCUGCAUGUUUGACAGUCCAGUUGGACUGGGAUUUUAAAACAAGCAAAGGCUUUCUGCGGAACUGAAAAGGAAUAACUUGUGCAGUUAGUCAAAAUAUAAAAGCUCCUUGUGAAGGAGAAGGGAGCUAAGUUUUAUUUUUAUUUUUUGCAAGGGAGCAAUACAGUUCUGUGUUGGGAGCUGAGUAUGUUAUGUUAUAUUAUGUUAUUUUGCUAAGGGAGCAACACAGUUCUGUGUUGGGAGUAAUCCUUUGCAUGUUUCUGGUCCUAUGUUCAUUGUCACUCACCUUGGGAGUUGUGAAAGACCUCUGCUUGGUACCCUGACUGGUCCAACAGUGAGCUUAAUGGCUGAGUAGAAAUCAGAAUCAAAAUCUUCCCCAGUUCUACUUCAACACCCUAACCACUUUAACUUCUUGUCUCACAGUGAUGAUGAUGAUGAUGAUACUCACCAUUAUCUUUAAAAUAACAAAUUGGUGAAAAUUACCUAAAGCAGAUAGAAGCAUUUCCCCUGAAAUAUAUAUGUUUGCAUAUAUAUUUCCAAACAACAUUAAUAUUCAGGAAUUUAUGUAUUCUGUGUCCUUUCUCUGCCCACCCCGUCUUCCCCGAAAACUAAAGCAGGAAACCCCAGAUUUUGUUCCCAAAAUUAAGUAUUCAGAGCAGGUAAACGUGUUUUGCAGUGUUUCGUUCUGCGUUGUUGAAAUUUCAAAAGAGGGAAAAUACUUUGAGAAAUAUUAGCAUAUCCUAAAGGUGUGUAGGGAGGAGCAUACAGUGGUACCUCAAGUUACAUACGCUUCAGGUUACAUAUGCUUCAGGUUACAGACUCCGCUAACCCAGAAAUAGUUCCUCGGGUUAAGAACUUUGCUUCAGGAUGAGAACAGAAAUCGUGCUCCGGCGGCGCGGCGGCAGCAGGAGGCGCCAUUAGCUAAAGUGGUGCUUCAGGUUAAGAACAGCUUCAGGUUGAGAACGGACCUCCGGAACGAAUUAAGUACUUCACCCAAGGUACCACUGUAUUAGGUAACAGCCUGGUCUAACUCAGUGAAGUAGAGAUAACUGAUAUCCAGGCCUACUUAGCCCACUGCACUCAGUGGGACUUAUAUGUCAGUGUUUAUUUUAGAAAUUUCUGCCCUUCUUUCCUUCCACUAGGGGAACUCAGAGCACACAAGAGGAUGGAGAUACAGGCAAGCAACGUUUUAGGCGCAACAGAUAUGUGCGCAAUUGCGCACACACGCACAGUGCCGAACCUGGAAGUGACCUGGAAACAUAAGACGUCACUAAAAGGGCGGAACAGGAGUGGGGUAGGGGCAGGUUGUGGGCUGAAUGAGGUGAGAGCGGGAUGGAAUGGGGUGUUUCAAUUGCACACGAUUUCAUGCAAGUGCACAGUGACCCAGAACCCAGAAUGCCUGUACAUGUAAUCCAUGCAAUAUCAAGCAGCAUGAUAAAGUGUUACAAGAAAAUCAGCAGGCAGAACAGAUGUUCAGUAGCUUCUCUCUAAAGGCCUGUAAAGAGCCAGGUUUUCACCAGGUGCCAGAAGGCAUGGAGUGACAGCCUCCAUAGGGCAGGCAGUGCCACAACUGAAAAUGUGUUGCUCCUCUUUCUCAACUGAUGAACCUCAGUUGGAGGAGAGACGUGAAGUAGGACCUCAGAUGUUGAACCAAGUAUAGGAGAGGCACCUGUGGGUGAAGGUGGUUCUUAGGAUACUUUAAAUUGUGUAACUUCAAUGUAAUUGGUUUACAGGUGGCUAGAUGUGGAAAAAAAAGAGUGGUAGAUAGUGUUGAAAUUCGAUCUCCUGACCACUGGGAAACUUAGUUUCUCUUUGGUUAGUGAUUCCUUAUGCAGAACUAUUAACGCCAAAUUUGCCUGUCUUCUGAACCUCCAAAAAUGAUAGCAAAGACCCACACACCCCUUAAUCAGUGAUUAUGUUUCAGCUAGCGGUUUGCAUGUGUGAAACAACUGACGCAGGUCAAACACUGCAAAAGUGAUUUUUGGUCUUGUAACACUUGCAGUCUCUACAGUGAGUUGGAAGUUGUCGAAUCAGCACUUUGGAAAAUGCUGCAGAUUCUAGGUACUAACCAAUGUUCUAAUGAUUAGCAAGAAGAUGGUGCCUAGCUGGGAAUAGUGGUUAACAGAAAUUGAGGACAGAAAAUUUGCAAAGGCAAAGGUGGUAGCUCCUGGCCUGUGAACCUAGUUAGACUCACCUUCUGGCUUAUGAGGCCAUUUCAGCUAAGGUUCACCUGCCUACCAUGUGGGUGUGGGGCAAAUAAAGAUACGUUGGCUUGGGGUGGUGUGGGAGACAUAAGGAUCUGGCCCAUUUAACCAUUAAGAAACUUUUCAGGGAAAAAUAAAUUGCUGUUCUGCUACAAAGUUGAUUAUGUUGCCAGAGCAGCAGUUGUCAAAAGAUGUUGUCUGCUGACCACUUUAACUGGUGUCCUUACAGGGCAAGGUGUAGGGGGUCCUUGGCAAAGUGUCUGGCUGGCAGACUUAGCUGCUAAUGCCUGGCAGCAGCAUACCAGGCAAUGCUGGGUGGCUCCUGCUGAUAUCUGGGAGCUGCUGCUGUUAAUUCCCCGCAGUAUUUCAAAGUGACAUUAUGCUAAACUUCAGACCUUCACUGUAAAGCACCCAGUAUUUUUCAGGAAAGGGUAGAAAGAGCAUGCAUCAGUGGUAGGGCCUACCAGGGACUGGCAUCUCAGCAGCUAACAUAUAAUAGAAUCAUAGGAUUGUAGAGUUGGAAUGGAUCCUGAAGGUCAUCUAGUCCAAGCCCCUGCAAUGCAGGAAUCUCAACUAGAUCAUACAUGACAGAUGGACAUCCAACUUUUGCCUAAACACAUCAAAGGAAAUACAGUCCACCACUUCUUGUGGAAGUCUGUUCUACUGUCUUAACAGCUCUUACUGCCAGAAAGUUCUUCCUGAUGUUUACCUGGGAUCUCCUCUUUCAUAACUUGAAGCUAGUGGUUCAGGUCUUACCCUCCAAAGCAAAAGAAAACAAGCUGGCUCCAUCUUCUAUGCAGGAGUCCUUGAGAUAUUAUAGGAUGGCUAUCAUGUCUCCUCUUGGUCUCCUCUUUACCAGGCUAAACGCAUGCAGUCCUCUCAAUCGUUCCUCAUAAGGUUUAGUUUCCAGACCCUUGAUCAUCUUGGUUGCCCUCCUCUGCACACAUUCCCUCUUGUCAAUAUCCUUCUUAAAUUGUGGUGCUCAAGACUGGACACAGGACUCCAGAUGUGAUCUGGACACUAUACUUUUUUUUUAAUGCAGCCUUCUUUUUAGCUGCUACAUCUUUUGAUUCAUUAAGUAUGUGGUCUGCCCUAUAUCGUUUUCAGAUGUACUACUGGCAAUCCAGGUGGUUCUCAUCUUAUAUUUCUGCAGCUGGUUCUUCCUGCCUAAGUGUAGAACCUGAAAUUUCCUCCAUUGAAAUUCUCUCUUUAGUUUUUAAAGUUUUAAGCCGUUAUUUCCAAUCUGUUGAGGUCAUCUGGAAUCUCAAUUCUGUCUUCCACAGCAUAGGCUACCUCUCCCAGUUUCGUGUCAUUUGCACAUUUGAUGAGCAUCCCCUCAAUUACUUCAUCCAAGUCUUUUAUAAAGAUGUCGAACAACGGACCCAGAACAGAACCCCACGGCACCCCUCUUGUCACUUUUUUCCAGGAUCAAAAGGAACCGUUAGUGAGCACUCUUUGGGUUUGGUUAGUCAGCCAAUUACAAAUCCAUCUAACUGUUACGUCGUCCAGUCCAUAUUUUACCAUCUUUUCUUCAAGAAUAUCAUGGGGGACUUUGUCAAAAGCCUUACUGAAAUCCAGAUACACUAUGUCCACAGAAUUCCCCUGAUCCACCAAGCUUGUAACUAUCAAAAAAAGAAAUGUGAUUCAUCUUCCAAGAUACCCCUUGCAGACCUGGAAGGUUACUUCAGCUUCAUGGAAACUAUGCUAUAAUAACUAAUGUGCUUUAGAGGGCUGAGGACGGUGACCUGAAAAGCAACUAUGAUGUAGGAAUGUGGUAGCCAACAUACAGGAGCCUUAUGUGAUCUGGCCAGAUUCUCAGCUGACUUGCAGAAGCAUCACAUGGAUAGAUCUAGGGUCUAGGCAGGGUGGUGAGGAUGGUAGGGUAGAAAAGAGACAGUAGUUAAUGAGCCAUUUGGCCCCAACAAGAGCUCCAGAGUUAGGCAUUGUUAGGCUAGGGUGGAAAUAGCAGUGCAGUUACUAGGCUCCCAUUCUGAAGCCCUUUGCUGCACAGCUAUCUAGGAAGGAGGCAAGAUUUUUCUGGACAGAGAAUUUCUAACCAACUGUUUCAGCCAUAGUGAAUUUGUGAGAAAAGAGACACGAUGUCAGUUCUUUUUUUCUGCCUAUUGAUACCUAAAUUCUACAUACUUUCCUCCCCAGGACUAAGGUGCUUGUUUAGCAAUGUUUUAUUUGUAGUUCACUACCCCCACCACUUCCUUUUCAUUCUGCAAGAGCUCAAUUAAACAUUGCCAUAAUGGAAAUACUAUCUUUUCAAAAAGACUAAGUAGGUCUCUGGCCAGUUCAGUUUAAUUUAAUCAACAAUUAAUUCAAGCAUAUUGGGUUUUGUUCUGUUUUGUUUUAAAAACAUACAAAACAACUUUGAUUUGUUGAAGCUGUUGACUUUCCAGCUAAAGGAGCAAUUCAUGAGCCCUUGUGUUUUUGACUUAGUAUUUCACUGAUCUGUUGAGGGUGCAGUAAUGCCUCAUCAUAGUCCACCAUUUCUAAAAGUGGAAACGCCACUAAAUAAAGCAUAGUUUUUAAGUUGUUGGUCUACUGAGGUUAAAUAUUUAAAAGAGAGCAGGUGCUCUAUAUUUUUAUUAGAGCCGUUCUGUCAUGCAAGAAAAGAGCAAGGAGAUUGUGAGAGGAAGAACUUUUAGACAUACAACUCCCCCACUUGCAGUGCCCCGGUUCUGUACCAUGAGAUGCAGCUGUGUAUGUUGAUUGGCUGUAACCAUGCAGAGGAUUGGCCAUCUCAUGGAAACAUUUUGAUGAGGUCUAUAUCAGUGACCAUCUAAGUGGCUGGCAAGCAACCAACAAGGACACAAUAGUAUUCAAAUGAUGUUAUAUACUCCCCAAAAGCCCCCCAAGAGGGGUCUUUAUAAGAGAUGGGGUGAAGGACCAAGCAAGCACCCAGGGAAAGAGAGUUCCAAAGCCUAGAUGUGGUUUUCAGAAAGACCUUAUCCCACAUAUUCGCCAGCCUUACUUUAUAAGAACAUAAGAAGAGCCUAUUGUAUCAAGCUAAUGGCCAAUAUAGUCCAGCAUCAUCUUCUCACAGUGGCCAGCUGAUGCCUAUGGACCAACCCAGUCCUCACGCAGGACCCAAGCACAAGAUUACUUUCUCCUACCAUGGUUUCCAGCAACUGAUAUUCAGAAGCAUUACUACCUCCAACUGUGGAGAAAGAUAAUAGCCAUCAUAGCUAUUGAUUGCCAUGAAUUUGUCAAAUUAUUUUCUAAAGCCGUAUAGGUUGGUGGCUGUCACUGUGGGAGUGAGUUCCAUACUUUAUAUGUAUCUUGUGAAGAAGUACUUUCUUUUAUCUUUCACAAAUCUUCCAACAUUUAGCUUCAUUGGAUGUCCAUAAGUUUGAAUGUUACAAGUGAUGGAAAAAAGCUUUUCUCUGUCCUCUCUCUCCAUGCCAGGCACUAUUUUAUAAACUUCUAUCACUUGCCUCUCUUAUUUGCCUUUUCUCUAAAAGGUCCCAACUCUGCAGCCUUUCCUCAUAGGGGAGUUGCUCCAUCUCCUUGAUUAUUUUGGUUGCCCUUUUCUGAACUUUUUCCAUCUCUGCAUUAUCAUUUUUGAGCAUAUCAGAUAACAGGGGCAUGGAUCCAGGACCUCAGCUGAAGAUCUAUCAGAGCAUGUAGGCUCCUGUGGAAGGAGGCAGUCCUUAAGACGAAUGUGGAAUUUGAGGCCCUCUAGAUUAUGUUGGCUUGAAAUGCCAUCAGUCCCAGGCAGCAUAGCCAAUGGUCAGGGAUGAUGGAAAUUGUAUCCCACCAACCGGAAGGCUAUCAGUUCCCCACUCCUGUUAAAAUAUCCUAUUUCCAGGCUGCUUAGGGCUUUAAAGGUCAAUAUCUGCACUUCAAAUUGGGCCCAGAAGUAAAUGGGGAGCCAGUAGAGUUGACACCACACUAGGGUCAUAUGCUCCAGUUCGGACUCUUGCUGCUGCUUGUAUCUUUGGGGAACCUCUGCCUGUUCUUUAGUGCCAGGAAAACAGUAGGCAGACUGUUUCCAGUUGCUUUAUGCAGGGAAAUUGUGGUCUCCUAGACUUGGAGAUCUCAGGGCUUUCCUCCUUUCCUCCUCCAGCUUCUGAAUCAAUUAUAACUUCUUUUAGUAUAUUUUUUAUUGAUUUUUUUAUUUAAAAAAGCUACAAAGAAAUACAGUAGCGUGCAUACAGAAGUAACAUUUCCAUUAACACAAAGUUAUACUAUUAUACAGAAUUAGUUACAACUUCUGAUGUUCUCCAUGUCUGCUUCUCAUUACAAGACUUGGAUUGGGAAUCGAAGACGAAAAUAUCGUCUAAUGGGAAUUGAAGUCCUCCCUCCUCUAGGUGGCCCUGCUCUUUUCCCCAAUCAAUCUGAUUCCAGCAGUAGAUCAAUAACCAUUCCAGAAGAUGAUGCUUCGACAGAUGUUGGAGAUGAUAAUGACAGGAAUGAUGAAGUUUCAAUAUGUUUAUCAGAAGGAAGCUCACAAGGUAUUCAAACUUGUCACUAGUAUUAUAUUGUUAUUUCUGUUCAAUCUUAUCCUAAUAGUCUGAAUGUUGCCUGAAUGUUGCCUCCCUUUAUCCCAAAGCUACUCCCAGGAAGUAACUAGCAUUUGGAUCCUAAAUGCAUUUACUUGGGGCUAAAUCUAAAUAUGUUCAGGAUUACAAAGUUUUCCUUUAGCCCUGGGAAAUCCUCAAAAGAUAAGGAAGCAGCCUUAUAAAAUGUCAGAGCAUUGGCCCCCCACCUACCUCAUUGGCUAUGUUUACUGGCAGCAGCUCUCCAGAGUUUCAGAUAGGGUCUUUCCCAGUCCCACCUGGAGAUGCCCGGGAUUGAACUUGGGACCUUUUGCACACAACGCAAAUGGCAUACCUUGUAGUAGUCAGUUGGGCGGUGAAGGCAGGAUGGUGUUGCGCACCUGACUUGCAGAUAGCAAGCACUGCUGCUGCUUGCUGUGUGGGGGAUGGAUGAGGCGUAGAGAGCCUGUUGUUCGGUGGGGAUGAUGGCAGAAGUGUUGGAUUGACUUCACUGCUUGCAUGUGCUGCAUUCAGCUCCCCUUGCCGUGCUCCUGCCUCAGUGAUGCUUGCCAUUCGGAAGCCAAGUGCAAAAUGGCUCCUCGCCUUUGCUUACACCUCUGACUGCUACUGGGCAUACCACUGAGCUAUAACACUUUGCCAACUGAAAACACAGCUGAAAGUUAGAAGUGGAGAAGGCAGGAUUUGCUAGAAGAAAACAUGCGCUCAGUUGAAAUGAGGCUCAUAUUGCAUGUGGAAGUGCCAUUGUACGCAUUCACAAAAACCACAUGUCAAGGAGUGAGAGCUGGAUCUUCGAGUCACAGUGAAUGCGGUUUGUCCCUCAGGGUCAGAGAGGAUUGUUCAGGCACCUCUCUGGAUUGAAUACAUUGUUGUUGCCAUGAGGAUGUAGGAUAAAGCUAGCUGCUUGGUAGCUUCUGUGCAUCCUCGUUAGUUUGUUCCAGAUUUUUGAGGGUGUGAUUAAGAAUGGUAACUGCCAGUGCUUUUUUUCUGGGUUCCUCAAGGGUACACAGUACUGGAACCCUUUUUUCUAGAAGAAAAGCACUGGUAACUACAGCGUGGUUUGUGUAGCUGGCUUUCCCCCAUCCCACCUCAAGAAAUUAGUUCGACUCAAGGAAGAGGCAUCAAAGUGUCUGCCACAUGGGAAGAUGUCUAGAAAAUGUCUACCUCUUCUAGCCCCAUCCCUAGUGUGGAAACCAGUCCCAGUCAGGGUGGUGAUCAGUAUCAGUAUUUUUGAACAUCUCCCAUUAAUCAGUUGAGCAACAGGCAGGGCCAGCUGUGUAACAGGUUUGCUGGCCUUUCAGGAGGAAAGGGGUAUGACAGUGACCCCUUAACAAAAAGCCAGUUCCUUGCCCAAGUGAAAUGGCAACUGUAAUUCAAACUUGACUACAUAGAAGGUGGAAGAGCCACAACAGCAAUGAUUUUGAUGCAGUGUUACAAAACGGAAGAACCAACAACAUAGUUAGGAGUGAACUUGCAGUUGCACAUUUCACUAGCUUUACAAGUUCAGCUAAUUGCUCCUGGUGUUUCUGACUAGAGCAAACCAACAAAGACUUUGGCUUUUGAACUUCAAAAAAAAUAAAUAAAAAAAAUAGACACAUUUGCAGAUUUGUAUGCCAGGCUUGAUCUUAUCGUUUUGUUUGAACAACUUGCUGAGAAAAUGGCCCAAAAACCCGAGAACUGUUGGGAGCAAACUUGUGAUGGGUUUGUCAGAAUUUCAAUUAUAAAAAGAAUAAGAUACCAACAUAGAAUUGGUUGAAAAUGACUGAAAGCCAAGUAAGUUAACAAAGUCUGGAGAUCUUCUCUGCCUUGGGGUGAAGGAAGCAACUCCUCCAGCAGGACAGUAGAGAAAUAGUCAGAACAUUCUGCAGUUCAAGUGAAAAGCUGCCUUAAUAUUAAUUGGGUCUGGCACUCUGACACUUAUGAGAUGGAACUGCCAGGGCGAGGCAGGAAGAAGAUGAUUGUAAUCAAUACCCCACACAGCUGCAGGGUAAAUACAGAAUUUCUUAAGACCAGAAUAAAAAGAGGCUUGGUUAUUUUAUAUACACACACACACACACACACACACACACACACACACACAGCUCAAAACUUGUUCAAUCAGAGGAGAACUGCUGGCCCAUGGGCCAAAUGUGGACCUCCAGGCCUUACUGUCAGGCCCUUGGAACUCUCUCUAGGCCACAACCGUGCGAUCCCUGCACAAAGCUCAAGUAUUCUUACCUUGCCAUAACGUGUCUGUUAACUCUAAUAUGCCUGAAAUAUGUGUAUGUAUAGAAAUCUUCAUGUGACUGGAGUGUAGCCCACUGUAAAUAUACCCACUGCCCUGCCCCUUUUACCUCUGACCCCGUCCAUACCUGGCACACAGCCCUGGAAGGUUGUCCAUGGCAGAAUAUAGCCCUUGAGUUGAAAAAGAUUCCCCACCCCUAACUUAAAGAGACACCAAUGGGACUCUAGGACAUACAAUGGAUCUGCCAUUCAGUAUUCACUGUUUUAGCUGUCUUGUGUACUUGAAUUUUGGUGGGACUUGGCUACUGUUUUGGAUUGAGUAAUGUGCUUUGAUGCAGAUAAUCCUUAAAAAGAUAUUUGUUUACCAUCCCAUGGUGAUGGCAUAGUGAUCCUUAUAGCUGGACUAUAGAUUGUAAGAUUAUUACAGUUUCUAACAAUAUUAGCUUCAGAAUAUGACCACUUAAUAGUCCAGAACCUCUAUGUUAACUAAAGGUUAUUUCUUCUGACUGUGUAAAUUAAUAGGCAGCAGAGGUUGUAUUUGGAAAACGGAUCAUUACUAUAAGCUUCCAGGUUGAAUUCAGUGCUGGGAAAAAGCAUGGUGUGUGUGAAAUGGGCAGUUUUUUUCCCCUCUCUGUAAGGUGUGAAUUACAUAACACCUUAUGAAUUCAGGAACUUAUUCUAGAAACACAUAUUUUGUUUCAUUUCUGUAGAAGAACAAAGUGAAGUUCUUCAGAAUGAAGACACUGGCCACGGAAGAGAAGACCAGGCUACUCUAACUGACACUAAUGGGGUACGGAUGUUUCCUAAAACUUAAUAGUUUGAUUAAAUCCAGUUACUCGGAUGGGCUGAUGUAUGAAGGGCCACAGUUUUUUCCAUUGUUUUUCUGGUAGGUUCUAUAUUCAAGGCUCUUAUGCAAAUGCAGAAACUAUGAUGUGCACAGAGUCACACAUCCUGAAAACCUCUAAAUUGGUUAAAAACAACCAAAAAGAUGCAGGGGCAUCUGAUGUUCUAAUCGUAUGUCAGUACCUUUUUGAUUUCAAAAUGAAAAGCACCAUUUGCCUUUUCAGACAAUACAAAUCAUAGACGAUGAAGAAGAUGGUAUGAUAAGUGAAAUAGAACAAUUGAAUUGUCUUCUGGAAUUCAAAGUAAGUAACUCCUGUAGAAAACAGCUAACAUUUGUAUACAAAUAGAAAGGUGAUUAAUCAGCUUAAACCCAAAGUGCGGGCUUUGUUCAAGGAAUCGAAAUAAGAGCCUGAAAGGACAGAAUUAGUUUGGAAGAAAUUCAAAAGAAGCAAAGAAAGACACAAGACAUCAAAUGUUUACUUAAAAAAUCAAACUCUUAAAUGAUACCAGUUUUUUUUUUUACAAAAUAUUGAAAGCCCAACAUUCUUCAGUUGACGGCAGCUUUCUUUGGGGCAACUGAAAAAACUAACAUAGGAAUUGAUGAGCCAACUAAAAUACAGUUGAUUAUAAACUUAUAUUAUACACUUAUUUUAAACUUUAUUUAUCAUAAACUUAGGCACUAUAUGGAACAACCUAUUUUUAAUGCAUCCAAUGUCAGAGUAGACCCAUUGGAAUUAAUGGACAUGACUAACUUAACAUUUACUCUGAGUAGGACACAACCCAUUAUACAUGGGACAUUCUGCAAAAUGAAAACUAAUCUAUUUUCAUUUUUGCCUUAACGCUGAUGAGCUGGUAACGGAAGGGAGAGAGAUAAGGAAUUUAUUUCAGUCACACAAUACAACAAUUCUGCUGUUCCGUUAUUACAAACUGUGUGACCCAUUAACCUUUUGAGGCAACCCAUUUCUGCUUAAUGUCUCUAUCCUAAAACGUACAGUGUGCAGGAACUUGAGGGUGGGUGAGUGAUGAGGAAGGGGAAUAUUGCCAACUAAAACAGUUCAAUGUCAUGAAGGAUGCAUUGAAGUUUGAGGAUAUUAUUGCAUGCUCGCAGGCAGAUGGCGCAAGACCCAAUGUUUAGGAAGAAGCUGCUGAUUGCUUUGAAGACAGACGGCUGUUCCAAUUUCAGCAGCUUGCAGAUUACAGCUGAACAUUUGCUUUUGAUGCUAUAUGAGCAAAAGCAGUUGGAAACCGUGACAACUGUUUUUUGCCAAAAUUGCGAAAGGUUACAUGUGUACAUAAGAAUUGGAGGUGGCUUACUUUCAAUUCAGACGCCCUCGAACAAAUUUCAGUUGGUGUUAGAAUAAAAUAUGUAUUUUUUACUAGAACUUUGCCUACACUGAAAUGAGUAAUGUCUUUAAAGCACACACAACGUGUGCAUAAUUGAUGUCCAUGCAUUAAUUUCUGGACUCUGCCUUCAGGAUAAGAGCAGUGCUGAAUGAAUGUGUGUGUAUGUGGUAAUGACCUUUUCUUAAUGUCACUUGUCACAAUACUGAAUGUCUUGUUGUGACAGUGUGUCCUACAAAACCCUGUUUGUUGAUUUUUUGAAUUACGUUUUGACAUGUGGGCUUCUUGGUCACAUAGUCCAUUUGCAUAAAUAUGCAUGUUUACUUUCAUAGGUUCCCCACAAGCUUUUUUAGCCAGUAAGAAAUUGGAUAAGCUUUUUAACACCCCCCAAGCUUUCUGUGGACCCCAAAGACAGCUGUUUUGAAAGCCACUUUGUACUGCCUGUUUUCCUCAGUUAAGGGGCCAGUUGUCCAGUGGUGGUUUAUCGCUGCCGCCAGCCCACCCUUCUCUUUUUUAAACAAAAACAAAAAACAAAAUAUAUUUAACUUGUGAAGCUAUUGCUGUUUGCCUUACUGCUAAAUGAAAACUAGCAAACACCUAUGCUAACUGGAGUCUGUUUGAUCUCCAGCAGCUUCUUAAACUAGGGUAAGGAAAACAAUUUGCCUUUCCCCCAAUUUUUUUGUGGUUAUACCAUUUCAAGAGCUCUGGAGUAGGGUUUUCUGGUUUUGUAAAAUAAAAAAAUAAAUAAAAAUCAGCAUAUUCCCUAUAAAGCUCUGUAGGGGUUAAAACUGCAACACUGAUUCAUUAUUUGCUGUUUCUGUUUUUAAAAUGUGCUAAUACUGUUGGGGUACACUGGACCCCCUCCCAUUAUUUAGGAUGAACUCAGUAUUUCAUUAGGGCAUUUUUUUGCUUUCUGAUUUGUCUUUGUCUCCCCCAGCCUCUGGGCUUCCUCAUAGCCCAGAGAGAAAUUUCAGUUAGCGUACCAGGUCUAAUGAGCCCUAUUAGCUUUUUAAAAUUCAAUGCCAAUAUUUUAAAGUUUCUAAUCUGGAGUCACUUUGAAAUUGAUGAUUAACUUUAUUUCCAGUUAGGACUUCAAAAAGAAUUCAUUGGAACCCCUACAGCAGAUAAUGUUUUUUUAAAAAGUUGUUUGACAGUUUUGAUUCUUAAAAUAAGUAUAAAUAAAUAUUUUAUUACAGUAAAAUAACAUUUAUUGUAAUAAAAGUUAUGGACUGCAGCAUCCCUCAAGCCUUCAAAGGUGCCUUACAGUGCUUAGGCAAACCUCUAAUAGUUAAAGGCCAUGAGCUGAAAUAGCUCUUUCAAUUCAGAGCAAUAUGUUUCCAGUGGUUUCCCCACUGGAAUGAACUCAGCAUAUCAAGUAAAACUUAAGCGUUUUUCAGAAUUUGUUUUGCCCAUUCCUGUUGUCUGCCCUGCAAGGCAACUGCCGAAUGGGAUCUGGUGUUGCAGCCAUGCAUAUUUGUGAUGUUAGAAGUCAUACUGUGGUUACGCUUCGCAUGAUUCAGAUGUGCCCUGGAACAGGAUGAGUGUUUUUAUUUGUUGUUGAAAAGGCUAGAGUAAUGGCUACAAUGAAGGACUUAAGAUAUUUCUAUCCAUUUCAUUUAGGACUGUGAACCACCACCAACUGUUUUUUGCACAAGUUCAGUAUUGCUGCAUUGUGUGCUAGUAGUUAAUCAGAAAUGAAAGUGCUAAGUUCAUAAGGGAUAGCUUAGUUGAUAGAGCAUGAGGCUCUUAAUCUCAGAGUUUGGGGUUUCGAGCCCCACAUUGGGCGAAAUAUUCCUGCAUUGCAGGAGGUUAGACUAUAGAUGACCCUUGUGGUCCUUUCUGACACUACAGUUCUGUGAUUCUGAAGUCCUCAACCCAGAGCAAACCACAGUAUGCCAAUUCAGGAUGCUGACUUGCUUGGCACCACUAGUUAAAAGGUGGCUGAGGUAACAGCCGUUUGCAGGCAUCUGUAGGGCUGGGCUAUGAGGGUAGUUAACACCAUCCUUUAUUUGAACUUGAAAAAGUCAUUGCCUUUCAAACAUAAGGAUAACAAGCAUCAGGCUUGUAACCUUCAGAAUAUUCUUAACACAAUGCAAAAUUAAUACAUGAAAUCCACCGCAACAUUGAUAGCCACUCAUGUAGGUGGCUUUAAAAGGAGAGCUCAUGGGAGACUAGGUCUGUCAUCAGGUAUUUGUUCUGAUGUCUUAAAAAAAGUUUUAUUGAAUUUUUUGUCAAAGACAAAGCAAUGAAUAAUUGUGGAAUAAAAUAACAACAGCAAACCAAUUACCAAAUUACAGUCUUUCUUCACUGAAUAUCGUAUGGUAUUUAAAUACUCCAACCAUAGCAAAGAAUGAGAAGCUGGAGGGAUGUGGGAAGAUCCCUCCCUGCCAAUAUAUUGUCUGAUGUCUGUAUGGAACCCCCGUAUUCAUGGGAUGUCUGCCACUGAAUCAGAAUGCUGUACAGAAACCUGUCCUCCAGCUUGAUGAAAGUUUUCAUCCCCUGUGAAAGGGGCUCCUGUUUUUCUGCCUCUUGGGAAAUUUAGGAUUUCUUUAUAAUUUCAAUAUCUACAGCAUUGAACUUACUUUAUUGCUGCAAGGUGUCAUGGAUAGUAUAUGUGUAUUUUCCCCUUUCAUUAAAUAAUUCUGCAGCCUCUCCAGUUGCCUGAAAAAGCCCUGUGGGAGAAGUUAACCUCAUGACAUAUUUACAUUGCAGCAUGGGACGCCAAGAAGGCAUCCAUUGCUUUCAUUUUUAAGGGAAGUUCUUCCUUUUGGUAUUAAAAACUAACUCCACACUGAUUUAUUUAAAAAGUAAAAAGACUUCAUUUAAAAACAGAACAGUGAACAGCUGUCAGGUAGACAGUAGGCAGCCUCCCCAGCUUCAUGUACUUACAGGAAAGCAAACUGAGAACAUUAUGGGACUUUCAUAAAAUGCAGUCACCCAGGAAGGUUGAAGAAUGCAUACAGAUCAUCAAAGAGAUGACCCAUAGAUGGGAAGAAGGGAACUCAGACCUCCACUUGGACACCAUAAAAGUAAAGACAACAAAAACCCUCCACCUGACACAUAAAAAAUUUUCACUGACAUUUUCUGUCCCCUUUAAUAAUAUUCAAAUGCAAUUUCAUCAAUCAUUAGUUGAUAGAGAAUUGUCAAAAAAGUGCAGGAGACAUUUUUUGGCAUAAUACCACUGAAUGCCGCUUGGUGUGUGUGUGUGUGUGUGUGUGUGUGUGUGUGCGUGCGCGUGUUUCAGGUCCUGAUUAUGGGCAUCUUCCUAGCCACUGUGGAAAACCUUUGGUGAGAAUGUUCUUAAGGGUAUUAAUCAGAUGUCCUGCAACUACUUGGCUGUAUGUGUAAACAAGACAAAUGUAUGCUCUUGACAUACUUUACUUGUCCAGAUUUGAUCUGUUCUUUGUUUUAAAAUGUUCCCUUUUUAUAUUUCCCCCCUGUUGUUGUAUUAAAUGAGGAAUGUAACAAUCAAUCCUUUCAUAGCCCAGUGCUGAACUUCCCCCUGUCACACGACUGCUCUGCCCUCAAAAUAUAUUUUCUCAGAAAGUACACUGUGGAGUUCUAAUUUGCAAGUCAUCCUCACAAAUGAGGAAAGGGAAAUCAUUCAUGCUUGCUGAAAUGUUUUUCUGCUUGCUGUCUUUCUUCACACCUUUUAUUUAGGAAAGCUCACAUCUUUUAAAGGGGGGAGGGGAGAGCCCUGAUCAAGCCCUCUUAAGAGGAAUCACAGUGGAUACCUGUGCAAUAUUUCUAGUGGUGUACUCACAGCAGUGUUUGUUGAAUGAGCCUUAUGGAAUGUCCUCCUUGUGUCACUCCCCUGUGAUAAGAGAACCGGAGGUGGUGAGGUGGUGGAAGCACUGCAGGCUAAUCUGUUUGCAGGCUAAUGAAGAGGGGAAAUGGAAAUUUGCAGGGAGCAAAAAGGGCCAUCAGCUUAGCUUCUCCUCACUCCUCUGGACUUGCUGGAGCUCCCAUCACCAUUCCCUAGUGUGAGGCCAUUCACACUUCUAGUUGUAAAAGUUGCAGUUAUCAUGGAGUGCAGGGCAGUGUCUGACCUGGUGGUGACUUUACCCCCACAGUCUAUUGGUUCUUGCUGGCUUGAGGCUCUGAAUGCUGCUGCCCCUCAAUCACUAGUCUUCUCCUUGAGUGGGCUGUAUCUGCUUCUUGCCAGUCUUGCUGCUCUUGCCUCUCCUCCAGGGCCUGAUUUGUGCCAUCUAUCCAUAGAGACAGAGAUGGGCUCCUUCUCUGUCUUUGCUUAUGCAUUCAGAGAGGGCAGGUGGAGAAGCAGCAAUCACAAGGAGCAGCAGCAAAGCCAGAAAGCUCCACCGAUUGGCAGUGGCGCCUUGGUAGGUGCCCAGUGAUGCUGGCCCUUGCUCCAAAUUCGGGGCUCUGCAAUAAACAACUGGGGCUGUACUUUGACUUAGAGCCUUGGUAGAAGCAGGCUGGAAGUACAGCUCUGUUCACUAGGCAGAAGAUACUUGGUACCAAUCCCGAGGGAUCUUUCUCCUCUCCACUCAUGGGUGGUAACCUGUUCCCAACUUACCUGAACAGGGUUUUGGAACCUGAACACAAGCAGACCUGAUUAGACUAGACACUUUGGUAGCCUCAGGUAGAGAAUAUCUGUUAAGCAUUCUCUCUCUAAAUUUUGCCCAUUGUUGAUACUGUUCCAAGCAUACUUUGAAAUUUUCAAGUAGAACUUCAUUCAGUUAUUACCAUGUAUUUGCAACAUAAUCUCUUUUUUAAAAAAACCAAAGAAACAGCUAGGGGUUUUAUUCAUAUCAAUCUGACUUGAAACUGAAUAGCCUGGGUUAGUCCUUUAAUUUCAGUGAGUCUGCUCUGCAUAUGAUUAACAAAGGGAAUAAUUUGGUUCAUUGUACUCCGAAGAUGAUCUUUGGGGUUGUGCAUAUAUAUGUAAUUUCCCAUCCUCUCCGCUUAGACCCAGGAAGUAAGGUUCGCUGAAGAAGACCUGGAGCAUGAAAAAAAGAAAUAUGUUGAGCUACAGGCUUUCACUCGGCGUUUGAUACUUGCUGUCAAAAUGGAUGAUAAAGAACAGCAGCAGGUAAGACGAAAGUGUAAACAGCCGAGAAGAUCUUAUGUUAUAGAGGUGUGCAGCGACCACAAAUUUUGCCUUGUAUCUCUAGCACUUGGAAGCAGUCCAGUCUUCUUCAGAUCCACCCUGUGCCAUUCUGAUUUAAUUUUUUGUUUGAGUCUGAAUCUGAUCCGUAAAUAUGAAGCUCAUUUUUGUUCCCAUUGACUAAUUGAGAACCCACAAACCUCUAUAUUGGGUUUUUUCUUUUCACAUAGAUGGAUGAAAUUUGCAGACAAGAGAGCAUAUCCAGAGUGAAUUACGCUUGCAAAAUUUCAGGCAGAUCCAUGCCAGGCUUUUUAUGCAAGGAAUUGUUGAACUCACUUUCUUUUUUCUUUCCUACCAGAAUUGGGUACAAGUUUCAGGCAUGAUCACCCCUGCUGAGUAAAUGAAGCCUGCCAAAUAUCAGAAAGAUAGGUGCAGUGGUUCUCCCACAUGGGCAAACUUUAUUGGUUGGGGUAGGAAAUAGAAAUUGUUAUAAAAAGCUAUAAAUGUAACUCUCUUUCUAACUUCUCCUCCCUAGCUGAAUACUCUCAGGGAAGAAAAGAGAGGGAGAGCAAUAAUUUUUAAUUGUUUGUUAUGAAAAAUAUUUUCUAGUCAGUCAGGCUAAACCUAAGCAUUCUGAUAAGGGUUCAUUUCAAAGGAACUGUGGUACCUUGGUUUUCGAAAAGCUUAGUUCUCGGAACAUUUUGGCUUCCGGAUGCCGCAAACCUGGAAGUGACUGUUACGGUUUGCCAACUAUUUUAGGAAGCCAAACAUCCGACAGGGCUUCCACAGCCAAUCAGAAGCUCCUGCAGCCAGUCAGAAGCCAUGUUUUGGUUUCCGAAUGUUUUGGAAGUCGAACGGACUUCCGGUACGGAUUCCGUUCAACUUCCAAGGUACGACUAUACGGUUAUUUAGAAAUAAGCUCCACCAACAGAACUAAAUUAUUUUCAAAUAAGCAUGCCAUGAGCAUGUUUAAGGCAAGGCUCUUUGUUGCCUUUGCUGCAAACAGCACUUGCCAGAACGCACCAGAACUCAGUUCCAGCACCUCUCUGGUGAGCCCCAUUGCCAUUCUGAGAGAACAAGGGAGCUGUUUGGCACCUCUUUUUCUAGAAAAAUAGAAAUAGAAAAAUGGCUGCAGGAGAUUAGUACAUCUACCCCUCUAAAAACAUUUUUAGAUAGCAAAGCCUGCAUGAUCUAAUUGAAUUAUAUUUCUAACACAAUUAAAGUACCUAAUUGUUAAGAGGCUUAUUUAAUAAAUUUAUACCACAGUAUUUGGGCAGCUUACAUUAGCCAUUGAAAACAACUAAUGAGGCCCUGCAAGAAAACUUAGCAGUGUGCAGUUCUCUUGUUUAAGGUUUCAUCCAGCAGUUGCUCUGUAGAAUGGUAGCACUAUGAAGCAGUUGCUGAGAUCUCCUUUCUCUCUGCCAAGGAGUGUUGCUUUCCUUGUUUCCCCUCCAAGGAGUUGGGUCAAAUACGAACUACGGUGCAGGAAAGUAACCAGGACUGCUACUCCACCAGAAGCUGUUGCAGCUUCUCAUUUAUUUAUAUUUUGUAUUCUAAUUCAGGCACUUCUGGCAGACUUGCCUCCAGAUUUAGAAGAGAUGGAUUUCAAUCAUUCAUUUCCGGAACCUGAUGAUACCUCGUUCAGCUUGUCGUCUUCAUCGGAGAAAAACACCUCGGACAGUUUGUGA